AUGCAGGAGUGUCAGAGAGGCCGGGCACGGCUGUUGGGAAUUCAGAAUGCUUCCUUGAGGAGCCCCCGAUCAUACCCAGACAUCAUGUCUCCUGGUGGAGCUGUGCUUUAUGGGAGACCUCACAGCUCUAAUGGUAAAUACCAGGCAUCACCUAUUAAAGGAACGUUAUAGCAUUAGAGAUUCAAACCUGUGUUCCCCCGAGGCUUUGUACAUCUCUCCCCCUCCAACAACGCCAAUAAGGAGGCAUAUUCUCCUCUGGCGAUUGGGGCGGGGUCAUGUUCCCGGGGGCAGUGUUAUAUUAGGUGUGUCUGGAUAGACUCUUAUUUGAGUCAUCCUGCUGUAGGCAGAUAAAUGCCAUGAUCACCAUGUACAGGCCCCCCAUGCUGCCCUGUGAGAAUAGCUAUCUGGCAUUGUGUACGUACGGGUGAUAGACUUUUUGAGACGACUUGUCUCUAUUUCUGUUUUCUCCUCUUCAUGCAGAAAAUUCCAAAGAGAAAGUAGAAACUAAGAUAAGUCCAAAACGGGUCUCCCCUGGAAAAGAUUCAAACACAGUAAGUGACGUGUUGGACAUGCGUGCUGAUAUAAUUUUAUUUAAUUGAAGUCUUCUUGUGUUGUAAUAAAAUCUCAGAGAUUUCAUAUUGGCAGUGUUGAUAGAGUCUGUAAAGGGAGAAUCUGUAUAGCUGGUGUUGGCAUAGAAAUCCAUUAUGAAACGGUCAUUGUGAUCGGAGCCUACAAAAUGUGAUUAUUCUCAUAUUUAGCCUUUUAGUCUUUCUGAUCUGCUAUGUCUGGUCAAAAUGGUUGAAGGAAAAUUCCCUUAAAUGUGUACAUGAUGUAAAGCGAUAUAUUUCAGAAAAUUUGUUUUGUAUUUUUUUUCAUUUUCCUCUGUAAAAUUCAGCCUUUGCAUAUUAUUAAAACCAAAGGUUGGUCCUGAAUGUUCUCAUUGAUGCCUAGCACCCCCAAUGCCCCCCCAAACCCCUACUGAUUUUGUUUUACUUUUUUUUUUCUCUUUCCAGAAUCGUAUAUAAAUAACUAUGUUAAAUUACAUUAACUGUCCAUUUCACAGUUUACAUCUGUAUAUUCAAUAUAACAUGUAAGGUGACAUCCUGCUAUUCUGUAUGUGAAUAUUGGUUGUGGAUCAGCUUGUUGCUCAUUGUCUGUUUAAAGCUGUGUGCAUGAAUCCAUUUAUUUUGGAGUUUAACAAGUUUAUUGAUACUUAGAGUUCUAAAGCUACUUUACACAUGUAUUCUAGGUUUUUAUUUAAUGAGGAACAUCGUUUACCCUGGUAGCUUACACGUGUUUAACUUUCAGAGCCAUCAGCAGGACAGCAGAACCCUUCCUCUGAAACCAAUCCGAUUGCAGACACCUCUUAAUAACAUAGUGUCUGUGGACUACGAUCCAGCUCUCUUCCAGAUGUUGAAGCCACUGUCUCUUUCCAAAACGUGCCACUUCUGUGGAUUACACGGUAAAUGACCCUCAUUAGGCUAUCACCUUGCUCUGUCUCCAGAAAACCACAAUUGUUUUUUUACUUACCUUUACUGUGUUCCAGAUUUAUCAGCGAAAAAUAAAAUGAAGUUUGUUUUCCACUCAAUGAGUAUUUUCGGAUUGCUUUUUCAAUGAACCUUGCAAUGAUUUCCUGUCUCACGUUUUGAAGUCUAUCACUCUCUUUAACAUUUUAUAUGAUGUUGCCGCCAGUGGCCAGUCAUGUUGCUUUCAUUGUAGAGUGGGGCAGGAAAUCCCCUGCUGGUACAUGUCUGUCUAACCAGCUGAGACAUUAAACUAUAGUAUUUUGUUAAAAUGACAACAAAGUAACCCCUUUUUAAAGGAAAUGUGUCUUUAUCACAGCUUGCAUAGCUCAGGAAAUCUGAACAAAGCACUACUUGUGUGGUGGGAUGAAUCACUUCAAGUUUGAGAUUAAAAUAAAUUCUUACUUCUAGGCCAACAGUGUUUGCAUAUUGCUUUUCCGAUAUCUUCAGAGCUGACAGUCCUAAGCUGUAUCCUGGAUCUUCCAUUUAAAUUUCCCAAAAUAUCCCUCGUUGUUGCUGAAUUAAGGAAAUCUGUUAUAUAUGAUUGGAUAGACCCGGGCCCCCAAAAUCAUGCUGCGCUCCUUGCCAUAUUGUACCUUGCCUUUCAUAUGCAUUUCAUAUUUUGUCUGAAGACCUGAAACCACAAAGAAAAAUUAGAUAAAGUGUUGCACCCUUUUUUUUUAAAUGCCCUUUUACAAACAUUCCAGCAUGCUAAUUGGUAUUUGCGCCAAACUUUGCUAAACAGCAUUCCAUUUCUAUAUAACCAGUAUUCUUCACAAGACCAGAGGCCGCUAUCCGGAGCUUUCUCCCCUUCUUUUGCUUUUAAGAAAUGUGAAGUUUAAUCAUAAGAAUAUACAUGGCUUUUGGUUAAACGUUUGUAAUGGUAUUGGGGAACGUGUGUUAAGUGAGGGUGGUAACCUUAUUAAGUAAUAUGUGAUUGUAGCUGGAAAUAAAAAGGAAAUGAAUGGAAUGCCUCCCAUGCUGCCAUUUUGGUCUCCAUCAGAUGUUCCACAACAAUCCACGGCUUCCACGUAACUCUAUUUAUGGUCUUUAUAUAAUGUUUGCCUCACACCCCUGCUGAUACCUAGACCUCUUCGUCAGCCUUUACUCCCCCUCUCCAAAUCCAUACCCUUUUUUAUUCUAAAAUCAUAAAGGGAACACUUUAACUUUAAAAAUAAAUAUAUUUUUUUUAGUUGUUUCCUUACUGGUUUUAAAUUUUUUUUUUUUUAUAUAGAACACUCCAGGCACCAUAACAACUUAAUUCCUCUGGAAUUUGUUGGACUUCAUUAAAAAUAAUGGCACCCAGGACCUCCAGAGAACUUAACCAUUUGUGAACCGUUUUUAACCCUAAAGCUGUUAAUUUGGUGCCUGUAAUCGCUGUCCCAUUUUCUCCACCUCAGUCCCUGGCUAAGUGAGGAAGUCUUCAAACUUAACACCAGUGAUAAGCUAAGUGCGUCAGCUGACGCUCUCAUCCUUUCAUUAGCUGCCUUCCAUUGAUAAGCUUGGCAGAUUAUGGUUCGUGCUAUUACUGGUAACCCAAUCCUAUGCUGCUCCAUUAGCCAGGCCUGGGGACAGAAACGUGCUUCAAGACUGUCUUUGGACCACUGGUGCCUUAAUUCCAUUGAGAUGAAGUUAUGGGACCAGAUAUGUUUGGUAAUGGCAUAUUAGUCACCAAUGUGUUUUUUGUUUUUUUUCAAUUUUAUAUAAAGGCGCUAGAAGAUGUUCUCAGUGCAGAAUAACCUACUAUUGCUCAGUGGAGUGUCAGAAGAAAGACUGGACCGCACAUUCCGUUAUUUGCAAGCCUUCUGAUAUGUAAGUAAUUUUUCCUUUCUGUUGGAAAGAAUAGACAUUUCACGUAAACAGGAAUAAAUCUUACACUGUCACUUAAUAGCUCCACUUCGCAUGAACCUCUCCAGGGACAAAUAGUGACCCAAGAUCGGUGCUACUUAAAGGCACACUAUAGGGUCAGGAAUCCAAAUAUGUAUUCCUGACCCUAUAGUGUUAAAACCACCACCUGCCCCUUUGCCUCCCUAAAUAUAGUAAAAUCUCACUUGUAAUAUUCGAGUCUGCAGCUGCUGCCAAUGAUCUGCCUGCUUACAGCUGAAUUCAUCAGAAGUGAUUUUGUGAACCACUCACAAUGCUUUCCCAUAGGAUUGGCUGAUACUGUCAAGGAGGCAGAUCAGGGCCAGAGCCAGCACAAGUCAAACACGGCCCUGGCCAAUCCGUAUCUCCUCAUAGAGAUUAAAACAGUGCAUCUCUAUGAGGAAAGUUAAGUGUCUCCAUGCAGAGAGUGAAGACACGGAAUAUCAGUCACACUGUGCAGCACUGCCCCAGGAAGCGCCUCUAGUAGCCAUCUGAGGAUUGGCUGAAGUUAUCCCUAGGCUGUAAUGUAAACUGCAUUUUCUCUGAAAAGACAGUGUUUACUGCAAAAAGCCUGAAGGUAAUGAUUCUACUCACCAGAACAAUUACAAUAAGCUAUAGUUGUUCUAGUGAGUAUGUCACUUUAACUUAUCUGAGGUUUUGUCAGUACCGUUGGGUCUAAAUUCAGUGUUGCCAUCUUAGAUGGCAGCCACUGGAAAUAUCUGUAUCUUCUUUUCCUGGCUUGCUUGGAACGUUAAAGAAGUGAUGAUAUGCGACACUGCUGGAAGUGACGACGUGAGUAUUACGUCUACUACCAAUGGCAAUGUUUGUCAGCGUUUGUCGUUCUGCAGGUUAAUCAUUAGGAAAGGUAGGGACUCCUUAUGUAUAGCUUUUAUAAUUAUCAUUGUGGGAGAAAACAUGGCUGCACUAGUACAACAUUAUACAUGCAUUAAAAAAAGUGACUGCAGCUUUUAAUGCUAAAUAUUUGGUAAUUUUGUCUUUUUAUUUUUGUGUUAAAGGUGUGCCUCUCCCUAUAAUGUAAAAACAAAUAAUCCUCAUUAUAUCAGAAAAGUUAAAAUACAGUUGAGGGUGUGUAUCAUUAGGAUUUUGAACAACAAAAACCAUUCCAUUCAAUUAAGGAAGCCAGCCUGUGAUCUAAAACCUCCUUUUAUGAAGGAAUGUCAUUCAGAUCAAGGAGACCAAAAAGAACAUGGGUAAGGUCAGGAAACAUUGAUAUGCAGACCACUUUUAAUGGUCUUUUAGUUCUUAGUUGCUCGUACCACCACUAGAGGCAUUUUCUCUGUGAGAACAGUUAGAAUUCUAUUGGAGUCCAGCCGUAACAGCAACUGCGCUCCUCUUAGGAGUGUUAGCAGAAGACAAAGUGAUGUCUACCAUGUCAUAAGUGGAGUAGCGGUCAGCUGCACCAGGCGAGUCUCAACGUUGGAAAAAGGUAUGUUCUUAAAUUUAUUUAUUUGUUUUUAUUUAGGGAAAGGGGUGCUGAAUCUAAACAGUGAGAACCCUAUAGCAUUAGAAAUACAGGUUUGUAUCUCUAAAGCCAUAGUGUUCCUGGUUUUACAGAAGUUACAUUUAUAAAGGGUUACAGAUUGACAGAAACACUGAAAAUGAACUGCAAAAUGCAUAUCGAUUUGGCCAGCAAAUUUCUUUUUAUUUAUUUUUGAGCAUUAUGUUUAAAAAAACAACAAAGUGUCAUAAAUGAAAACAUUAAUUUAUAGUGCUGGAGUGUUGUAAAAUGUACUGGGCCCUUCUUUCCUCUGUAUCCGGGAAAGCAAAGAGUUUACUUGCCUCUAGUCAAACGGCAAGUGGUUCUCCUCACUGCGGCUCUGCUUAUAGAUUGGAAAGCAAUGCGCAUGCCUUACUCCGAACAACUGAGGAGGAGCACUGUCCCAACAGUUUCACAGCCAUGAAGAUGCCACCUUUAAAAGGACCCUAUGUUAAUUGGCUUGACAAGUUUAGAUGAAGGGCAUCUGCAGUUUUUAGUUUUUACUAUUCUAUAGGGAUUAUAUAAAGGCCUAAAGACAGACUGAGAGCAUGUAAAAACAGAAAAGUAAAUUUAGAAAACUGAUGGGCAUUGUCUACCCAUGGUUCAUUCUAAUGAGCCUUGUCUACCCAUGGUUCAUUGCGAUGAGCCUUGUCUACCCAUGGUUCAUUCUAAUGAGCCUUGUCUACCUAUGGUUCAUUCUGAUGAGCCUUGUCUACCCAUGGUUCAUUCUGAUGAGCCUUGUCUACCCAUGGUUCAUUCUGAUGAGCCUUGUCUACCCAUGGUUCAUUCUGAUGAGCCUUGUCUACCCAUGGUUCAUUCUGAUGAGCCUUGUCUACCCAUGGUUCAUUCUGAUGAGCCUUGUCUACCCAUGGUUCAUUGCGAUGAGCCUUGUCUACCCAUGGUUCAUUGCGAUGAGCCUUGUCUACCCAUGGUUCAUUGCGAUGGUUCAUAAAAUAAUUCUGUGAGCCAUUAGUUUACCACACAGACUGUUUCCAGCUACCUAUCCAUUUAAACCAGAAAUUGACUUUAAGGUUAACACUUUCUAGUCCUCGUUUUUGUUCUUUCUUACAGAAAAGAUCAGGCUUUUUGCAGAUCUGUGAACGACAAGACAUCUCCCAAGGUAAAGAUCUGCUGAUCUCUCCUGCUGGAGGGAUUCUUCAAUCUGUUGGGGGAAAAAAUAGCUGCAAUCAGUGUUUUAUUGCCGGUAUAUGUUUUCUAUGGUUUCUGUCAGGAGGAUUUAUUUUGUAAUUAUUUUGAAGGGGUGAGGGUGUUACCCUUUACUGAUAGUGGUGCUCCCCCAGGCAAACUGCUUUUUAUUCUGUCUUGUUGUAUUCUUCCCCAGGUGGAAUCACCAGCCGUUCAUUCCUUUCAGGAAAGGAAAGUAACAUUCUCAGAUUUAAGAAAAUCCGAAAUAAAGGAAGAGGCGAAAUUCGAGGUGCUUUUGCUUUUGUUCCUUAGACUUGCAGGAAGGUUGAUGCUUUUGCAAAUGAAGCAGGAAAUUUUUUUUUUUUUUUUUGUAUUUUUUUUUUUUUUUUUGAAUAGUUCAAACCGUUAACAGGUCAGUCUAGGCACUAUAACCAUUACAGUGCGCUGUAGUUGUUAUGGUGCCAGUGGUUUCAUGGUGCUACUAACAAAUCAAAGUCUAACCACUCAAAAGCCCCAGUUGACGCCUAUCUGUUGUUUUUCUGAUAUAUCUGAAGUAGAAGUUCCUGUUCCGCAGAAGACAGCUUUUUCAUCACUGUUUGUGCAUCUUUCAUUGGCUGAGAGUGUCAUUUGAUGCUGAUGACAAACCUAUUGAUUUCACAUAUUUAGAAGCAGGAAAUUAUUCUUUAAUGAUGUCAGAGAUGUAGGCUGGGCUCCUGAAACCGUUCACAUUGACCUAUUUAAUGUGGUACUACUCAUUUAAUAAUGAUACAAAACCACAACUGUUUGAAUUCCUAUACAUGCGCACAUUACCAGUCAUUCUCACAUUUAAGAAAAUAAGGACAUACAGGUGCUGGUUGGGCCUUCUAAAAGUUGCAAAAGGUAAACCAGCAAAACAGGGUCAUACACAGGUCAAUAUAUUAAAGUAAAAAUGAUCAUUUGAAUGUAUAUGUUUGAAUGCAUUAUAUCUUUUAAGGGGCAUUAUCGUCACCAGAACCAGUGUAGCUUAAUGUAGGGUUUUUUUUGUGCCUAUAGCCUGUAUCAGAGAUAAGGCAGUGUUUACAUUGCUGCCAGUACCACCUCUAGGCAGCCACUAGAGGUGCUUCCUAUCUCUGUGUUCCAUUGUGUGCAGCAUCUAUGUUCAAAAUCUUUAUACUGUUAUUGGCACAGCGCAAUGUUUUUCUUCGCAUGCGCAAUACCUUCCCAUUGGGAAAGCAUUUGAUUACCUGUGAUCAUUUUAGCGAAAGAGGCAGGGCCAGUGUGGUGAGGGAGAAAGGGUAAAUAAACUCACCUUUUAACUCCACAGAGUGGGGGCUGGUCACUUAAAUAGCUGGCUUAACACUAUAGAGUUAGCAAUAGAUAAAAUAAAUAGUAAAUGAACCCUGGGCUGUCUCUCUUUAAAAGUGCAGAGUUUUGUUCUAGGCAAUGUGUAAUGACCUAGCAUAUCUAUGGUAUGUGCAUGCUGCUCAAUGCUGUGGGUCAAGUCUCGCACUGAACCUGUACUCUAACUGAUCUUCAGGAUUCCUGAAAGGAACAAGCUUGUUCAGAUUCCUAAAAUUCACUUUUUAUAAGCCAAACUGCCUGUAAGCCUCUUAAACGACACCUAAUAUUUUUUGCCUCAAUCUAUUUUAGUUUCACUAAUAGAUGGAACGUUUAGUAAAACAGAUUGUCCUUGUUGUGUGGAUAACAUGACUUUAAAAGAAACCUUCCCUCCUGUUUCAGCAACAGGAGCACUCUUCACAAUGAAGCCCGCAUGUUGCCCUAGUGGCCAUUUCCCUCAAAAUAAUUAUGGAAAGUAAAAUGAGAUUCCGUGUACUGGUUCCUUCCAUGUGUCUCUAUAAAGUGAGACCACCAUUAACCGUCUAGUAUUAUUCAGUGUCUGGAAUUGGGAAGGCAAGAUACUCUUCAGCUUGGCUGUUUCUUUAACUUCAUUGUUUUGGCGAGAAACUUUAAAUUGCUGAUCUACAGAAUAACUGUUUGUCUCCGUUUCUGGUUAUUGUUUUCCUUUACAAAGUCUUUUUUGUAAGAAAUUUGUGUUUGUACGUUUUACUGGAAAACACUUAAGAUGUUUUUUCCAUAUUUGAUGGAAAUUGCAACAUAUUGACUAGAGGUGUAAGACAGAAUGUUUUGAAUAUCCAACAAAAAACAGAAAAUCAAGAGCUAUAUGAAAGAUCUGGUUAAUGAGCUAUUGGCCAUGUCUGCUUUUAUUCAAGCUCCCUGCUAAAUACGAGCUGCUAAAAACAUGUGCAUUGUGUGUGGUUGCAGAGCUGCAGUUUGCCAUAUGCUACAGAAUGCACCUUCUCGACUUGCUAUGGAACAGGAGCUGCUGUCUAUCUGUGUAGGUGAAAUGGUAUGAGCUGCUGUUUGGUAGGGUCUACUGCUUGUCAUAGUUAGAAGCUGCUGUCUGCUUUACAUGUGAUGUGAUAUAGGUGGGAGCUGCUGUCUGCUUUCUUUUAAUGUGAUGUGAAACAGGUAGAAGUUGAGGUCUGCGUUCUUUAAAUGUGGGUAGGAGGUGCUGUCUGCUUUCUUUACGCGUGGUAUGAUAUAGCGUCUGCUCUCUACAUUUGAUGGGGCUAGGAGGUGAUGUCUGCUUUCUUUUUUUUUUUUUAUCUUUUAAUUGUCUUUUUUUUUUUCAUUGACAUUAAUCUUUACAAAAAACAUACAGAGCACAAACAAUAUAAAAACAGUACAAAAACCAAUACAGAAAAUACCAAAAAACAAACCCAGCACCCUACGAGAGUUCCCCAAAAAUUUCCAUCUAUUACUACGAAUUAGAUAAAAUAGUGAUUUACAUCUCCCUUAGUUUUUUCUCCCAAAUGGCCCAUAGACUAGAAUUGCUAUUUAGAAAUUAACAGUGAUCUCUCUCCAUCUUAAGUUGGUUGGCAGGUUGAGAAGUUAUUUGUUUGAUGGAAUAAACAUUGUUCCCCUUCCAAUUUCUUGCUAUUACAAUCUUACAAGACAUUAAACAAUGUGUGAUCAGAAAAAGUUCAGGUUUCUUACAUUUUGGCCAGUUACAAUGCAAUAACAUUACUUCAGGUUUUAAAAAUAUUUUUAACAUUACACAAUUUGUAUAUAUUAGCUUGAGCCCACUGCCAAACUACGACCACUUUUUUACAGGACCACCACAUAUGAAGCUAAUUUCCUUUAUGUUUUCUACAAUUCCAGCAUUGAGCAUCAAGAUCCGUUGCAAAUUUAGCUAUUUUCACUGGAGUCAUAUACCAAAAAUGUGUUAAUUUAAAUUGUUUCUAAUAAGACAAAGGAAUGAACAUAUUUAUUGAUUUUAUGAAAGGAAAAUGACCAUUCCUUUAUAUCGAUAUUUUUACUUAAAGGGGCACCGUAGGCACUGUAUCUGCUUCAUCUCAUUAAACUGGAGUCCCCUGGUACCAUCAUUUCUUUCAGCAUUAAACAGUUUUUAAUGUUGUAAUGUUUUAAUGCUAAACAAGAGUCCAUGGCAGUCUAUCCCUUCUGUGCUGAUUUAGCUAAUAAGGAAGUAUUACCCUGAGAGGCAAUGGGCAGCUGUGAUUGGCUGAGUGUGUCUAGUGGCUUUUAACCUGUCAGAGCUCCAACUGACGGUAUGAAUGGGUAUGACAACAAGGAAGUGUGUAAUCUCUGCCUUAGCUACACAUACAGAAGGGGCCGGACUGUGGGUGGCCAGGGACUCUUAUUUUGUGGCAUACUGCACAAACAUGGUGCAACACUGAAUGGAGGGACAGUGCCAGGCCACUCCAGGCACUAUAACCAAUUCAGAGACAAAGUGGUUAUAGUGACUACAGUGUCCCUUUAAGUCACUGUUCCAGUUUUUAAUAGCAGUGGGUAUUGCCAGAUCAUAAGCACCCUCUAAAAUUCUAAUACAUCUAGAGAACAGCUGUUUUAUUUUACUCUGCUCUAAGAUAGUCUUUAAAAUAUCGUACAGGGUUCCUUCUGUAACUAAGGUGACCUUCUAUAAAAAAUGCUUAACUCUAAUAUAAGAAAAUAAUUCAUUGUCAGGAAGGUGGAACUCAUUUACCAACAUCUUGAAUGAUUUUAUUUUGCUAUCUUUAAACAAAUCUCUAAGUGUAUUAAUCUGAUAGGUUUUUCCAAGAUUUCACUGUUACAUUUUCAAUACUGAUUUCUAGUACUUUAAAACUUUGAAAAUCGAAAAUUAUAUCAUCCAUAUCUUAUUUAUUUUUUUUGCCAAAUAGGAAUAAUCUGUCCAAGAAUAUAAAAUCCUGUUAGCUGAAUUUUUUUUUUAUAUUCCAAAUAAACUCUAAGGGGUCUUUUACUUUUGUUGCUUCUAACUCGAAUUCCAGAAUUCUUCUUUAUUUUGUUCUAACAAACUAACCAUGAUAUCCAUAAUUAUUCCUGCUUCAUAGUAUUUUUGGUAAUGUUUGGAUACCCUAAUCCUCCAUUUUUUUAUUCCUCUUGAUAAUGUUGUAUUUUUAAUUCUGGUCUUUUUUUGCCAAAGUUUGAAAAAGCCGUAUUUAUCAUUGACAGCCACGGCUUUGGAAUUUCCAAGGGCAACAUCCUAAACAAAUAAAUCCACUUUGGCAAAACGUAUGAUUUCAAAAUAUUUAUUCUACCUCCCCAAGAUACUUCUAAUUUUUUCCAUUCUUUUAAGUUUUUAUUUGUUUCCUUAAGAAGAUUCAUAAAAUUUAUACACAUGAUAUUUUUGAUAUCCUUCGAAAUUUUCUUACCCAAAUAAGAGCAUGUCUUAGUAUUGAUAAAGCCAAAUGCUUCUUGAUAUAAAUCUAUAUCUUGUUUUGGCAAAUUUAUUUAUUUAUUUAUAAUUUAUAUAUUUUAUUUCUAAGUGAACCGUCAAUCUCGCUUCCAAAUGUGAUGGAGGAGAUACAGAUGUACAGUACGGUUUCAAACUACAAGUUAAAUAAUACUAUAUAUAUAUAUAUAUAUAUAUAUUUAGUAUUAUUUAACUUGUAGUUUGAAACCGUACUGUACAUCUGUAUCUCCUCCAUCACAUUUGGAAGCGAGAUUGACGGUUCACUUAGAAAUAAAAUAGCGUUGUCAGCAUAUAAAGAUAAUGUUAUUUCUCCUUUUUUUUUAUUUUUUUUUUAUACAUCCUUUAAUCUUAGUAUUUUGUCUGAUUUUACACUCCAGUACUUCCAGUGUCAAUAUAUAAAGUAUAGGGGAUAAAGGACAUCCCUGUCUGGUCCCAUUCUUUAAGUUGAACCAGUUUGAACACAAACCUGGGCCUAUUGUUCUGGCCAUUGGAGAUUUAUAUAAAGCAAAAAUAGUAGUUAGAAGCCAUCCUUGUAUACCUAUUUCUUCUAAUGUACACUUCAUAAAGUCCCAGCUGACCCUGUCAAAGGCCUUUUCGGCAUCUAAAGACAGGAUCAGCAUGGGACCUCCAUUUGUUUGAGCUAAAUCCAAGACAUCUAUUAAUCUUCUAAUGUUGUUAUUUGCCAUUCUAUCUGGCACAAAGCCAGAACUUUGAGUCUUCCAGCAAUUAUAGAACAUUGAUUUAAAUUGAUUUAAAGUAAUUGGGCGGUAACUUUUGACAUUGGUAGGAUCUUUCCCUGGUUUCAAAAUUGGUAUAAUAUUAGCUUUUAUCAUUUCACUUGGGAAACUACCUUUAUUAACUACGAAAUUUUUCAUUAGCUUAAAAAAUGUGUUCCCAAAACCAUCCGUGCCUGGAGUUUUGUAAUUUUCAAGACUGUCUAUUGCUCUAUUAAUCUCUUCCUCCGUUACCUCUUUAUUUAAGUCCGAGAUUUGAAUGUCUGUUACUUUAUUUAAAGGACCACUCUAGGCACCCAGACCACUUCAGCUUAAUGAAGUGGUAUGGGUGCCAGGUCCAGCUAGGGUUAACCCAUUUUUUCAUAAUCAUAGCAGUUUCAGAGAAACUGCUAUGUUUAUGAAUGGGUUAAGCCUUCCCCUAUUUCCUCUAGUGGCUGUCUCAUUGACAGCCACUAGAGGCGCUUGCGUGCUUCUCACUGUGAUUUUCACAGUGAGAGCACGCCAGCGUCCAUAGGAAAGCAUUAUGAAUGCUUUCCUAUGUGAUCGGCUGAAUGCGCGCGCAGAUCUUGCCACGCGUGCGCAUUCAGCCGACAAGGAGGAUCGGAGGAGGAGAACUCUCUGCCCAGCGCUGGAAAAGGGUAAGUUUUAACCCCUUUCCCCCUUCCAGCGCUGGGUGGGGGCACCCUCAGGGCACUAUAGUGCCAGGAAAACUAGUAUGUUUUCCUGGCACUAUAGUAGUCCUUUAACUUAGCUGAUUUAAUAUAUUCUUAAAUUUUUUUUUAUUUUUUUUUUAAUUUAUUUUUUUAUUCUUUAUUUUUGUGUGAAUGAGAGUGACAGGCAUUCUUCCAGUGCCCCAACAGCAAUGGCAAGAUAAUGAGCUGACCAAUGCAUAACCGUUAUAAGGCAUUUGAUUGUACUACACAUUUUUUUUUUUAUGGUGAUAAGGAGUACAGGCUAGGCAGAGCAUGUCUAGCGGAAAUUCUAAGCAAGAUCUUCUAUUCUAUGCAUGCAAGUUAAUAGACAUGUAACUAUAUAAAGUUUGUAACGUAGAUUGUGAGACAUGAUAUUGGUACUGGGUUAAAGCAGUGAGACAGCAUGGUUAUACCAGGCUAAUAAUGGGUUCUGGCGUGGGCUCUAGGUUGUCAGAUGGUAUUGGACCACUGGCCUCUGGCGUGCCUCAAAAUUGGAGCCGUAAACAGUAAAUAGUUAGCAUCCCCCUUGUGUUAUUGGCAGGAGAGGGAAAGUAUAAGGGAAAGAGGGAGAGAGAGAAAAAAAACAAAAACGAAGCAGUAAUGAUAUGAUUACAUAAUGGCAGGCAGUGUGUUAUUGUUAGUGAGUGAACACCAGUCCAAGAUGAGACGACUCUGUGGUCACCACCCUGGGAGCGGAGCUUGUCCUGUGUCUGGUUCAUCCGAUCCCCGCUUGUGGCAUAUGUGGGGCCCGUGUUUGAGCGUUCCGGUGAUCGGUGUUGGCAUAGCAAUGCAGGGCGUCGUUUCCGCCCCCAGGCUUGGACGAGUGCCUGCUUCAUUUUCAUGCUGACUCUGGUGUUCUCAGCCUCUUCCUUCUCUCUGGGUAAGUAGUGGGUUUAGAUUUUAUGCGCCUGUGCCGAAGGGUGAUCCUCCGCUUUGGCGCCUGAUGCUUGGAGGUUGUGCUCUGAGGGGUUCUCAGCCCGGGCGGGCGAGCAGAUGAGUGAGUGGGUGCAGGCUUGUGUGCUUUGCCCGGGGGAGACAAAAAAAAUGGUAUAUAGGUUGCGCUAUAGGGACAUGAGAAUAAUAAGUAAAAUAAAUAUAUAUAUUUAAACAGAAUAAAUAAAAUAAUAGUCCCAAUACUAGAAUGUCUUUAAUUACACCUGUAAAAGUACUUGAAUAUGGAAUGAGUCCAAUGAGUAGCUGGAUCUUCUGAUGCUGAAGGUAUCUCAGUUCAAAUGUAGAUAUGUAAAAGAGACAAAAAUACUCCAAUAGUGCAGAUUGCAAAUCGACAAGUUGAGAGAUAAAAACAAACGGCAGAUAAUCCACUCACCUAUUCAUGAGCAUGGACUAGCUCAAGUUUUCAUAGCAUUCAGUGGCGUCAAUCCCCCACUGGUAGGAUAUAGGGGGUGAAAUUAGGACGAGCUCCUCGGUAUAUAGAGAGAUAAGAAAACGAUAUAGUGCUCACUGAAUUAAUGGAAAGGUAAAUAGAUAAAAGCGAUAGAAUACUCACAUAUAUAUGAACAGAAUAUGCUGCUCAAUAUAAUAGCACAGGUGGUAUUAUCCCCACCUAGUAUUCUUGGGCAGGUGCGUGCUCCCUGUUUUUUUUAUAUCUGACAUAUAUAUUUAUAUUGUUACUAUUAAUAAAGGAAUAUUGGCCCUUUUAGUAGCCUCUAUAUACCUUUUAUUAUUUUACCUUUCGUUUUAUACCUGGUUACCUGUUACAUCGGCGCACGCACCUGCCCAAGAAUCCUAGGUGGGGAUAAUACCACCUGUGUAUUAUACUUACACCCCCUAUUCUUAAUUUUUUUUAAUAGACGUAGUUUCCGUCAGACUAUAAAGCUUGGCAUAAUAGUCGUUGAAAGCAUUUCCUAUCUCCUCGGGCAAAAGGCAUAGAGUUUCAUUACUCAUUAUUUUAUCUAUCCUAUUGCUUGUAUUUUUAGUUUAAGCUUAUUGAACAAUAUUUUAUCUGCUCUAUUCAUUUUAUGAUAAAAUUUGACAUUUAAUUUUUUCACAAAUCUUGUCUUGAAUACGAGAUUUAAUAAGCGCUAUUUUUAUCUGAUUUUCUUUGCUGGGAUUGGCACUAUUUUCUUUACUUAAAUUAUUAAAUUGAAUGUGCAGAUCUUGUAAACUAGCACCAUUUUUUUUUUUUUUUUUUUUUCGUUUUAAUUUCUUUAACAUAAUGCAAUGGCCCCUUAUUACUGCUUUUAUAUGAACACCAUAAGGUGGCUUCAUCUACCUGUCCAUUGUUGAUUUCUUAGAAGAAAAGCUUGGUCAUUUUAUCUAAAUGCUCCAUGUUAUCCUUAUCUGUUAGUAGAAUAUCAUUUAACCUCCAAGUAUUCUAAUUAUUUCUUCUGAAGUUACUAUUUUUUAAUUCUAGAGAAACACUAUUAUGAUCAGACCAAAUUACUGGUUUUAUUUCUAUUUUAUGAAUUCUUUCUAUUAAUUUCAGUUCUCCAAAUAUAUAAUCUAUUCUCAAAUAAGAAUCAUGAGGCCAAGAAUAGAAUGUAAAUUCUUUAGCAUCUGAGUUUUUAAUUCUCCAGAUGUCAUAUAAUCCUUCCCUUUUUAAAAAAUUAUUAAAGGUUCUUGCAUUUUUUACAACUUGGUUAUCCCAAGUCUUUCAGAAAAUGUAUCCAUUUUGGGGUCAUGUGUACAGUUAAAGUCUCCGGCAUAUAUCUUUAAACCUACCCUGACCGUUUCAACUUUAUUUAAUACUUUUUUUUUUUUUUUUUAUUCAGGUGAUCUGUUUUAUUAGUAACAGGAACAAACAGAAGUUGGUAUUUUAAUUCCAAUUGAGAUAAUUGCAAUAUUACAUCAAUUGUAUGGGAGUAAGAAUUUGACAACAAAGUUAAAAUAUACGAACAGGAAAGCUCAGUACACAGUGAAUGCAUGACAUUGUUGCACAUCUAUUAGAUUGUCUUUGAGUAUUAUGUUUUUUUGUGGACUGGCUGCGGGUUUUGGCUCAGGAAGAGAUGGACUCCAUUGUCCACAAUGAGCCUCUUGUUGCUCGAACUGCUGUUACUUUUGAUCAACAUCGUGAACGUUUACCAUGGCGUUGGGGGGAGGGUUGAGGUGGAAGGGGCAGGAGGAUGUCAGUUGUGCACCUGUAUGUCGGAUGCCAGUGGGUUACGUGGUGUUGUUUUUGAGGUAUGUAUUCCAAGGUUCCCAGGUGGCAGUGUAUAAGUGGUAUUAGUCUGUUAUAGAGUGGCAGGUCUCCUCCAGGCCCCUAGCAGUCUCAACCCUUUGUAUCCAUUCCCGUAUGUAUGGGGGAUUUGGAUGUUUCCAAUACACAGGAAUGAGUUGGUUUGCGGUUGAGAUCAGGUGGAGUAGCAAUGUCGGUUUGGGUAAUGGUUGGGGGGGCAUGAGGAAGAUGAACGUGUCGGGGGUGAGCGGGAGAUGAAUGGAUAGUAUUGUUUGAAUCAGGCACUGUAUACAUUUCCAGUACUCCUGUAUUGUUGGGCACGACCACCAUAUGUGUGCCGAGUUACCUUCUGUGGCGUGGCACCUCCAACACUGGUUAGGAAGUGAUGGGAAGAGUGAUUUUAAUUUGGUUGGAGUGUAGUGCCACCGCACUAUUAUUUUGUAGUUCCCUUCUUGUGUAAGUGUGUUGCGUGAUGAGUUGUGGAUUUGUCGAAAUAUGUAGUGCCAUGUGUCUGGAGUGAAGGCCAUAUUGAGUUCUUUUUCCCAGGAUGUGGUGAAGCCUUGUGGGUUUUGGGGUUGGGUGGCUAAGAUUGUGUUGUACAUUUCAGAGAUGAGCUUUUUCUUUAUGGUUUGUUCGUGACAAUGUUGUCGAAUCUAGUGUGUGCUCGGUGUGAGUUGUGUGCAAGAGGUACUGUUAGGAUAAAAUGGGUGAGUUGAUUGUAUUGGAACUUGUGUAUUACCGUUUGUGGUUCUAUGAGGGAGUCAAGGGAUUUUAUCGUUCGACCCCCAUGAGGUCCCCUAGUUUCAGGUAAGUUGAGUCAUGGUAUGUUUUAAAUGCUUUACCGUCUUCUCCUGGUUGGAAUAGGGGGUUGUGUGUGAUCGGGUAUUGUGGGGACGGAUGAGGGGAUAUUUUGUGGUGUUGCCGUAGUCUAGCCCACAUGCGUAGUGUGGGAGAUAUAGUGGGGUGUGGGGCUUGAAGAAGGAGAGUGUGGCCCGAUUUUUGCCAUGGUAUUGUGAAGAUUGGCGCUCUAAAGAAUGUGCCCUCUAUUUGCACCCAUUGUUUGGUGGUACAUGUGGAUGUCCAGUCGUAGAGUCUAGUUCUGAGAAUUGCGUCGUGGUAUUUUUCGAUAUCUGGGAGCCCGAUGCCUCCUUCCCCCCCUUGGUCUUGUAAGAAGAGAGUGUGAGAGCCGGGGAUUUUUAUGGGCCCAUAUAUACGUUGAAAAGUUACCAAUGUGAACCAGUUUUUAGGGAUCAUAAUAGGUAGGACCUGUAGGAGGUACAGGGGUCUGGGCAGUAUGUUCAUUUUUAAAAUAUUCAGUCUGCAAAACCAGCUAAAGUGUGGUUUGUUCCAGGUAUUGAGGUCUGCUAUUAUGUUUUUCAUCAGUUGUGGGAAGUUACUGUCAAAUAUGAGGGUCGCGUCUUUGGUGAUGUGAAUUCCUAGAUACUUGAUGUUGUGGGGAACCCAUGUGAAUUGGUGUUCCUUUUGUAGUUUGAGUUUUUCCUGGGGGUUUAUGUGUAUGGGUAAAAUCUCGCAUUUGCUGAGGUUUGCCUUGAAGUUGGAUAGUUCACUAUAUGUUUUCAUUUCCGCCAUUAGAGGAGGUAUUGAGGUGAUAGGGUCUGAGAUAGUAAAGAGCAUAUAGUCGGCAAAUGCUGCUAUUUUAUAUUCCUCUCUACCGGCUGUGAUUCCCUUAAUUCGUGUGUUAUCUCUUAUCCCCUGUAGGAAGGGUUCUAAGACUAAUACGAAAAGUAGAGGAGAAAGGGGGCACCCCUGCCUAGUGCCAUUUUUUAUUGUUACUGGUUCUGAGAGUUGUCCAUUUAUUUGGAUAUUUGCUGUAGGGUGCGAGUAUAUAGCAUUGAACCAUUUCUGCCAGUGUGGGCCAAAGCCCAUGUGUUGUAGGGUGGAUAAUACUAGGUUCCAGUCUAACCUGUCGAACGCCUUUUCGGCGUCGAUUGACAGGAGGAGACUGGAGCAUCGCGUUUGUACGGCCUGGUGUAUAAGGCUGAGCAGUUUUGUCGUGUUAUGUUUAGCCUCUCUGCCUGGGAUGAAGCCCGAUUGAUCUGCGUGUAUGAGCCCUGGGAGCAGUGGACGUAGCCGAUUUGCCAAUAUUUUCAUGAAAAGUUUCAGGUCUACGUUUAUCAACGAGAUUGGUCUGUAGCUUCCGCAUUGGGUCAGAUCUUUACCUUGUUUGGGGAGGAGGGUAAUUGUGGCAUUCAAUGCUUGAGGGGGAAGGGUAUCUGAUUUAAGUAAUGUGUUAAAUGUGUUCUGGAACUAAGGUGUGAGUAUCGUGGCAAAUGUUUUAUAGUAUUUUGCUGUGAAUCAGUCUGGGCCUGGACUUUUCCCCAUCGGUAGGUGUUUUAUCGCUGCUAGACAUUCAUCUGCUGAAAUGGGGUUAUCUAAGGCGUCUCGUACGUUUCGUGGAAUGGUGGAAUGUAUUCUCUGUUAAAGGAAUUCCUGUAUGUCGGGGGUUUGGGGAGGGGUUUGUCUCAAGUUGUAGAAUGAGGAGUAGUAGCCCUUGAACGUCUUUAGAAUGUCUGUCAUUGAGUGUGAGAUGUGUCCCUCAGAGUUUUGUAUGGCUGCUAUAAAUGUAUGUUCCCUUUGCUUUUUGAGGGCAUAUGCUAGUAGGCGCCCACAUUUACCCCCUUGUGCAUAGUAGUUGCUCCUCUUUUUGGCCAGAGCAUGUUUUGUGCGUACAUUUAAGAUAAUGUUAAGUUCCGUUCUUUUGUCAACUAGUGUUUUGUACGUGGCAAGGUCGAGGCCCUGUUUGUGUGAGUUUUCUAGUUCCCUAAUUUCCCUAGUUAAGCGGGACGUUUGUGACUCCCUUUGCUUCUUGAAUCUCGAGGCUUCUUUGAUGAUCGUACCCCUAAUUGUGCUUUUGUGUGCUUCCUACACCACUGGGUAGGGUGUGUCUGGGUGGACGUUUAACUCGAAGUAUUGUGUUAAAGAGACCCCUAUUCUGUUUUUUGUAUCUCCGGGUGGUUUAGCAGUGUGUCAUUGAGUUUCCAUUGCGUCCUGGUGGGGUGUAAUGAAGGGAUUGCUAUGUUCAUGGAGAUUGGUGCGUGGUCUGACCACUUAAUCGCAGCAUAUUCGCAUGUAUUAACUAGGUUUAGGAAUCUAUGUGGAAGAAGGAACAUGUCAAUCCUGGAGUAUGAGCCGGAAGAGUGUGAAUAGUAAGAGUAGUCGCGGUCUGCUGGGUGUGUGGUGCGCCAGCAGUCGUAUAGUUGGCGGGAGUCUAGGAUUUUUUGGAUAUUUGUUCUUGUGGAUGUCUGAUAUGAUUGGGCCUGUGAAGUGGUGUCUAGUGCCCUAUCUAGGGAUAUAUUUAGGUCCCCCCCAAGAUCAAUAGUCCCUCUAGAAAGGUUUCCAAUUUUUUAAUUAUGGUUCGAAAGGCCUGAAAUUGUUUUCUGUUAGGUAGGUAGAUAUUGGCUAAGGUGACUUGGGUCGAGCCUAUCAGACCCUUUAGGAAGAUAAAUCUGCCUGUGUUGUCUAUCAAGAGGUCUUUGUAUGUGAACGGGAGGUGUGAGGAAAGCAGAAUUGCCACUCCCCUGGAUUUUGAGCCGGUGUAGUUACUGAAGUAGCCUUUUGUGAAGUGUCUCGACUUGAGUGAGGGUGCUGAGUCUUUGCGGAAGUGUAUUUCCUGUAUGAAAAUUACUUCAGCCUUAUGUUUAUUAUAGCCUGUGAGUGCCAUGUGGCGUUUUUCGGGGGUGUUCAGUCCCCUGGCAUUGUGUGAUAGGAUCGUCACUGUUGCCAUCACGGGAUACUGGAAAGGUUGGUGUGAGGGGUACGGGGGAGUUUGGUCCUUAGGUAUAUUGGAUAUUCUAUUUGGUGUCUACCAAGUUGAACAAAGUGUAUGAGCGGGUGGUGCGGUUUUGUACUGAGCAAGCUGUUUCAGAAAUUACAAUACAAAUAAAAAAGAAAAGAGAAGAGAAAAGAUAAUCCAAAAUUAACUAUUUACAAGGGAUCUAAUCUGUCGUUAGGUCCGGUCUUCGAUUUCUGUGUGGUUCACUUUGUUGCUCUCUGGCAACUGCGUGAAAACUCCACAGAUGCCCUGGUCUCUGCUCUUUGAAGCGUUGCCACUUGCGUAGUUUUCUGCCGUUUAGCCGGGGAUCUCCAUUUCGGUGCUUGCUGUGUUGGAGAGGUGGACAGUGCCGGGUCCGGUGCGUACCAGUCCCCAAUCAGCGUUUCUGUCAGGCCCAGUGCUUUGCAAAAUGCAGGUAUAUCCUGGUGGGUGGCAAUAGUAUGUGUGGAUCCUCUGGUGUUGACUAUUAGAGCGAGUGGGAAGCCCCAUCUGUAGCGCAUAUUGCACGCUCGUAGCUGGUCUGUAAUCGGCCUUAAAGCCCGCAAAGUGAGCCAUGAUAGGUCUUGGUAGAUCGAUAUUUCAUGACCCUGGAAUAGCAUGGGGGUGGAUGUAUCUCUGUUUUCUGAUUAUGUCUUCUUUUAGCGCGUAAUAGUGGUUGCGGCAUAUAACAUCCCUUGGUGUGCUUUCUUGCCCCGUUCUAGCUUUCAGGGAGCGAUGUGCUCUGUCCAGGACCACUGGAGUGUCAGGUUUGCGGCCUAGAAUCAGGUUAAACAGUAAAGAGAGCGUGGUGUAUAAGUUUCCCCCUUCUGUUUCUGGAAUGCUUUUUAUUCAGAGAUUAUUUCUACGGCCCAUAUUGUCAAUGUCGUCUAAUGACCUUUGCAUCAUGGACAUGUGUCUUUCCUGGGCUUUUACUUUGGCAGACAGGGUCUGCAUUUGGGUGUAAUAAGACCCCCUUUCAUCCUCAAGCUCUUGCACUCUGCGGCCGGCCUGCAUAAUCUCUGUGCUGAGGCCCUCCAUCUUGGUUUGGAAGGUGGUUUCCAGUUUAUCUAGCAUUUGUGCUAGGUCUGUUCUGGAUGGCAGAUUUCUUAAUAUCUCUUUGAUAUCCAUGUCCGCUGAGGUUGUGGAGAUGUCAGAGGUAGUGGGACUCGGUGGGUUCGAGUUCCCCGCCAUCGGCGCCAUGUUGGAUUCGCCGAGGUCGGACCCGCGGUCGACGUAGUCCUUAAAAAGACGGGUGACCGUUCCAGUGUUUUCCCGGUGUGAUGGGGGUUUGGUUGAGCUUUUUGGGGAUUUCCCAUUGUGUUGUUAUACCUCCGGUAGUCGCGAAUUUCGCUCCGUUUUGCUCAGAGCUCCGUCUGUGUGCUGCCAUACAGCUCGGCUGCUAGACACGCCCCCCUUUAUUUAAUACUUGUCUUAAUAAACUCAUAGGAUUUUUAUUGAGCAAGUAGACAUUUACCAAAGUAAAUAGCUCUUCAUUAACUGAACAUACUAAUAUGAUGAAUAUACCUUCCAGGUCUGCUUCUAUGUACUUUACAUUAAUUUUAAGGGCUUUAGAGAAAAAUAUUGGCACCCCACCUCUUUCCCUGCUCUCUGGAAGCACAUCUUUUUACAGGAAAAAAUCUGCUAACCCAUCUUUUUUCAUCUUGUUUACAUCAAUGAGUCUCCUGAACAUCCUCCCUUCUUAAAUAAUCUUAAAAAGCACGUCGUCUUUGUGGAAUGUUCAAUCCCUGAAUAUUAAUCGUUAUCAUUUUAACCAUAUUCAAAUAUCCUUUUUAUAUUCAGAAUGAGCAGCUCUCGUAACCAUACAAGCAAGCUAAUACAAAAACGCUUACCUGGGACAUCACCUACGUACUCUAAUAACAUAUAAACAUACAUACAGGAGACUCUAAAAAGUCAAAAACAACCAAUUUACUGGGUGGGUCUUGUUGCCCACUGUUUAACCUUUACAUAGGUUUGAUGGUAGAGGCUGAGCCCCAGAAAAAGGGAGAUCAUUGGUUAUUAUUGCAUUGAAAUUUAGGUGAAGCUAUCAUGUAACAGUUAACCCAUUCUCUCCUGUUACACCUCCUAUAUUAUUUUUAUAUAGAAAUGUCUAUACUACAAAAGCCCAUUAAUUAAUUGACUUAAUAUUUUUAUCAGUAAUAAAAGUUAAUCUAAAGUUUGACCCAGACUGUAGAGAUCCUGACUUGAUAUCUUUCUAACCCUUUUUCCUCUUCUGUUCACUCUCCCUGUUCCCCUCCUUCCUUCAAUCUUGGAAGAGAAGAGAAGAGGAGAGGGGGAGAAAAAAACAUUUUUCUCCUCCACUAUUCCUUCCCUUUAUAUAGUGAAUCACUUCUAUUGUUCUGUUGUGCCCACAAAUAAUUAUAUUUCUUAUAUUAACUUAAAUAUAACUUUAUUUUCUAUUAUUUCCAUCCUUUAUAGUGACUAACUUAUAUUUCUAUAAUAAUUGUGACUCUUUAUACUCUGGUGACCCAAUAAAAAAUGUGGUACUAUUCUUUUAUGAUAAUCGUAAGUGCCUCAUGCAGUAUUACAUUAUUUCAGUGCCGUGAAACUCUUCUAAUGGUAUAAUCAAAAUUCGCAUAUCUUCUUCCCAUUUUGCUUUACAUUUAUAUUACAUGACUUGAAUUCUAGAUAAAUUUUGUUACAUUUUUUUUUACAGAAAUAUUCUAACUCUAGAAGAAGGAAAAAAACAAAAACGUAUUCUCUUCCCCUUUUCUGUUCCUCGUUAUAGUGACUAACUAGUCUUUCUCUAAUAAUUAUGACUCUCUAAAUUCAGCUAAAAACUAAUCAAAAACUUAUUACUUUUUCUUUCUCUAUAAUCCGAAGUGCCUCAUUUAUGUACUUUCUGUUGGGGUGUUACAUUAUUUCAGUGCCGUGAAACUCCUCUAGUAGUAUAAUCAAAAUUCAUAUAUCCUCUGCCUAAUUUACUUUAUAUUUAUAUUGCAUGACUUAAGUCCUAAAUACACUUGUUGAAACUCUUUUUUACCAAAAUAAAUAAAUAAAAGUCAGCAGGCACUCAUUCAGUCCAGGUCUUCCAUUUUUAAUUUAUUCCGUAGUGGAAGCUUGUUUUUUUUUUUUUUUUUUCUUCGUUUUAAUCCAUUCUUCAACCUGUGAUGACGUAUCAAAAGUCUCCACUAUUCCUUCUGAAAUGAUCUUUAUUUUGCUUGGGUAGAUCCAUGAAUAUUUUAUGUUUAAGCUUCGCAGGAUAUUCGUGGCCUCCAUAAAUUUCCUCCUUUGCAUUAUGGUGUAGAAAGAUAAAUCUUGGAGAAUCUUAAUAUUUCCAAACUCUGCUUCUCUAGUAGGACUUCUAGCUGCCCGUAAUAUGGCUUCUUUAAAUUGAAAUGAUUGGAAAUUAACUAUUAAGUCUCUUGGUAGAUGGUGAGGAAUCGAUUUGGGUUUAUUUAGGCGAUGGAAUCUUUAAAUUCUGAGCGUCUAUUUUGAGUACUGACCAUAAUUUAUCUAAAUACUCAGGAAUUUUUUCUUGUGUGACCGCCUCCGGGAUAUUUCUUAACCCUAAGUUAUUUCUUCUUGAGCGAUCUUCUAGCUCUCCUAUUUUUCCUUCUAAUUGUCUCAGGUGUGUAUCUAAUUUCUGGUUUUGCUCUUUAAGUACUCUGCCUUCAAAUUCAAGACUUAAAAUGUUCUCUUCAUUUAACUUUAAUUUCUCCAUUAUAUCUCGGAGUGGAUUUUUGAUGUCUGUAGAAUUGUUGUUUAAUUCAUCAGUUAUUGCUACCAGUUUUUCUUCCAGGCACUGUUUCAAGAAAGCUGCUGUAAUAUAAUUUUCUGAUUGGCUAAUCAAACUUUGCAUAGAAUAUUCAUCUUUCGACAUAGAGAGGAAUUAUCUAAAUUAUUUUUCUCUACAGACGACUUUUUUGUCGGAAGAAAAAAACUUGAGGGGUCCUUUUCACAUUUUUGUUCCUUAUGUUUUAUUUAUUUUUUACAGACACUUUCUCUGAGGAUUUAGCAGGCAUCAUCUUGAUAUGAUAAGACUAACUGCCAGUACAGGAGAAUAUAAAAAUAUGUUCCCUGAUUUUACACUUUGAUUGGCAGUAUUAAUUAAGCCAUUUCACAUAUAUUAAAAAAAAAAAAAAAAAGGCAGCUGAAACUUGUUAGACCUUCUGAUCCUUUUUCUUCUCUUUCUCAGAUUGCUUUGAAAGAAACAGUUUUUUUUUAUCUACCAACUUUGCAAUACUGUAUUUGUUUAAUAGUAUGGGAUAUAUUGUAUAUUAUAUAUUUCAAAUUCCAAUAUAACUUAGCAUAUUUCCACAUAUAAAAAGGCAAUAUGAAUAUUUGAAGAGUACUUAGCUUAGCCUAUAGCAGCUGCCACCUCCUAUUUUAGGACUGUCGAUUCCACGAUUUUUCAGCUUGUCAGGGGCAAAACCUUGCUGCAAACCAGCCUUUGGUGUCUAUUCAAUAACUUAAUUCCCCCGUUCGUCUAUUAUUCCAAAUGUACUCUCCAACAGGGUGGAUCUGACCUGCAGUCUGUCACCUGCCAGGAGCUUUACAACUUUGUUGUCACCAGAAACUCUCCCAAUAAAGCAGAUCCAAUUUGGGCUCAUAGUCUCCGCUAACUCUAGUAUGAGCAGCUAACCCAUAUAAUAAAAUGGUAUUACGCGUCCAGACCCGCGGCUUCAGACUCACGAUCAAACUUGCUUUUUCACUGUCAUUUCACCUGACCACCUCCCGCUUGUUUUCACACGCAUGAGAGCUCGGUCUCCACCACCUCUGGAUGCGUGCGUGCCCCUGCUGUCUGCUUUCUUUAUACGCGGUGUGAUAUAGCAACUGCUGUCAGUUAUCUUCACAUGUGAUGCAAUGUGGGCAGGAGGUGCUGUCUGGUUUCUGCUUAUUCACGCACAAUGCGAUAUAGCCUUUCUUUACAAGCAGUGUGAAAUAGCAGCUGCUGUCUUUCUAUUCUGCAAGUUUUCUACACUUGUAAAAUCACAACUAAAGUUCAAUUAAAGGGACACGACCGCCAAGAUAAUCACUGUUUAGUACAUAUACCCCAAUGAAAACAUGUUUUCAUCAAUUAUUUGGGUGUAUUUAAUAACCUUUUGUAAAAGCAGCUAAUCUCCCAUAACACCAGAUGGGUCUCUAUGUUCACAAGGAUUUUUCUGUCCUGUUGAAAUGUUCGUAGUCAUUGCAGUCCUACACUUAAUUUGUUUAAGUUGGCCCUAUUCUAGAGGUGAAUGGAAUCCUAUGCUGCAGAGCUGACCCGUUAUUUUUGUUUAAAUAGGGACUUGUUGUGGAAUUUUCAAACCCAUGUCAUUUUUAUGUUCAAAUCUACAACACAAAAUCAGUGGAAUCUCUUCUCAAGAUGUCAACUGCAUUAAAUGACAUAUACAGAAACCCACAGAACAUCCAGAAUGGCUAUACCCCAGCCAUCGGGGAGGUCUGUGUCGCUAAAUACUCCCAGGAUCAGGUAAGACUUCAGUGUAUCUGUCUUGAAAAAGGUGUGUGUGUGUGUGUGUGUGUAUUUCCCUUCUGAAGAAAAAUAUCUGCAAAACUGGUCUCCGACUAACCUUUUAAAAGGAUACUAUAUGAAUCACUUUUGUUUCUAUUUAUGUAGCCCUAGCCACACCUCCCCUGAAUGUGGCUCAUUCAUGGUAGCCACCCGACAUGCUUUGCUGCACCUUUAGAAUCUUCACUAACUGUCUCUAAAACAAGUCGUUGAGGAGCCAACUCGUAAAGAGGCCAUACUAGAUUUAGUGUUAACAAAUGGAGAUUUGGUAUCAGAUAUUACUGUAGGUGAAAGUUUAGGAUCCAGUGAUCUUCAGUCAGUGUGGUUUAAUAUAAGAACAGUGACCGAGUCACACCACACAAAAACUAAAGUUUUAGACUUUUCUAAAAUUAGAAUAUGUGUAAAGGAGUCAUUAUCAGACUGGAGCAAUUUAAAUGGAGUCCAAGAGAAAUGGGAUUAUUUAAAAGUUGCACUGCUGAAGGCAAGAGAAAAUUGCAUUAGGCUUGUCCUUAAAAGCAAAAAAUUCAAGAAACCACUGUGGUACUCUGCAGAUCUGGCCAAAAUAGUAAAAAACAAAAAGUUAGCAUUUAGUAAUUUAAAAACAAAAACAAAGUGAGGAAGACAGAAUGAUCUAUAAGAUUAUACAGAAAGAGGCUAAGCAAGUUAUAAGCGCUUCUAAAUCACACACAGAAGAGAAAAUAGCAGAGUCUGUAAAAAAAAAAGGGGACAAACCAUUUUUUAGAUACAUAAAUGAGAAAAGGAAACUAAAACAAGGAUUAGUUAGAUUAAAAACAAAAGAAGAAAAGUAUGCAGCAGAGGAUAAAGGUCUAACUGCCUCAAUGAAUAUAUUUGUUCAGUAUUUACAGAUGAAAAUGAAGGAAAGGGGCCUCCGUUAGGAAAAAGGACAAAUGAGUCAUUUAUUACACGUGAGUUUACAGAGGAAGAGGUUCUAUUUCAACUGUCAAAAGUAAAGACAAAUAAGUCAAUGGGACCUGAUGGAAUACACCCAAAGCUAUUAAAAGAGCUUAGUGGUGUACUAGCAAAACCAUUAACAGAUUUAUUUAACCAAUCAUUGUUAACAGGAGUAGUCCCAGAAGAUUGGAAGUUAGCAAAUGUUGUGCCCAUUCACAUGAAAGGUAGUAGGAAGGAGUCGGGUGACUGUAGGCCAGUAAGCCUUACUGCAGUAGUGGGGAAAGUAAUAGAAACCAUGUUAAAGGAUAUGAUUGUUGAACAUCUAAAAUCACAUGGAUUUCAAGAUCAGAGACAACAUGGGUUUACUUCAGGGAGAUCAUGCCAAACUAAUCUUAUUGAUUUUUUUGAUUGGGUAACUAAAAUUAUAGAUCAGGGUGGUGCCGUAGACAUUGCUUACCUAGAUUUCAGUAAGGCUUUUGACACUGCUGCAAAUAGAAGGCUUAUCAAUAAAUCUUUAAGUUUGGAUUCUAAUAUUGUUGAAUGGGUUAGGCAGUGGCUAAAUUAUGGGCAACAGAGGGUUGUAGUCAAUGGGGUAUAUUCGAAGGUCUAGUUACCAGUGGGGUACCUGAGGUAUCUGUACUUGGACCCAUUCUCUUUAAUUUUUUUUAUUAGUGAUAUUGCAGAAGGUCUUGAUGGUAAGGUAUGUCUUUUUGCUGAUGAUACUAAAAUUUGCAACACGGUUGAUGUUCCAGGAGGGAUAAGUCAAAUGGCAAAUGAUUUAGAUAAAUUAGAAAAAUGGUCCGAGCUGUGGCAACUUAUAUUUAAUGUGUAUAAGUGCAAGAUAAUGCAUAUUGGAUGUAAAAACCCAAGGGCAGAGUACAGAAUAUUUUUUAGAGUCCAAACCGCAACAUUCUGAGGAAAGGGAUUUAGGGGUAAUAAUUUCAGAUGACUUAAAGGUAUGCAGACAAUGUAAUAGAGCUACUAGAAUGCUUGGUUGUAUAGGGAGAGGUAUUAGCAGUAGAAAGAGGGAAGUGCUCAUGCCAUUGUACAGAACACUGGUGAGACCUCACUUGGAGUAUUGUACACAGUACUGGAGACCGUAUCUUCAGAAGGAUAUUGAUACCUUAGAGAGGGUUCAUAGAAGGGCUACUAAACUGGUUCAUGGAUUGCGGGAUAAAACUUACCAGGAAAGGUUAAAGGAUCUUAACAUGUAUAGCUUGGAGGAAAGACGAGACAGGGGGGAUAUGAUAGAAACAUUUAAAUAUAUAAAGGGAAUCAACACAGUAAAGGAGGAGACUAUAUUUAAAGAAGAAAAACUACCACAACAAUAGGACAUAGUUUUAAAUUAGAGGGACAAAGGUUUAAAAAUAAUAUCAGGAAGUAUUACUUUACUGAGAGGGUAGUGGAUGCAUGGAAUAGCCUUCCAGCUGAAGUGGUAGAGGUUAACACAGUAAAGGAGUUUAAGCAUGCGUAGGAUAGGCAUAAGGCUAUCCUAACUAUAAGAUAAGGCCAGGGACUAAUGAAAGUAUUUAGAAAAUUGGAAAGCAUAUAAUACUUUUGGAAUGAGAAAGUUUGAAUGUGCUCACUGCACAUGUGCAUUAGGUCCCAAUACUCCUCUGAGGAAUAUUGGAGGAGACCAUCCCUCUCUGAUGUCAUGAGAGGCAGCACCGUGGGGAAAAAGAGAAAUACUCUCUAAAUCCAAUCCAAAAUAGAGCAUUGGGACCUAUUGUGCAUUGAAUCAAUGCUUUCCUUUAAUUAUUAAACUCAAUAGUCUUCAAUCGAGCGCCGGUCCGUUCUGCCCCCAAACUUCGGUUGCAGUCCAAGUCUUCAAACAGGACUGCGAAACAUGAAUCUGUCUCAAGCUGGUUUGUGCAUCAGGAGCAAAUGAUAUUCUGGGAGUAAGCAUUUACGCUUAGAGUCUCUGUGGCGACUCUGUCCGAGGCUUUCUUUUUGCAACCUCAGACUGCAAUGUAAGUUAAGGAGCUGAGUUUACUGGCCCUGGACUGAUGACUUUUGGGUUAAAUCAUUCAUUAAUAGUUUACACUGAAGGAAAGCCAGCGCCAGGGACCUACUGGCACCACAACAACUUAAUUACUAUUUAGUUGUUACGGUGCCCAGAGUGUCUUUUUAAUACCUACAUUUCCCAGUAAUUUAUUUAAAUAGAAACAAAGUGGUUUAAGCCAAAUGCCCAUUACUGUCAUGCUACAUAUACAUACAUCUUUCCAAUCCUUGUUAUCUGCUGCUGGUAGCGGAGACUAGAAGUACAGUAAUUGUUGCCACCGUUUCUAUUGCAGCAUUGGUAUAGAGUGUUUGUGCAGGACACAGAAGUCAGCUUGAAGACGGCACAAGUCCUUUAUAUUGACUAUGGGAAUCAGGAGACCGUGUCAUUCAGUGAUCUACAGCAGAUGCACAAAGACCUGGAACUACUUCCACCAGCCGUAAGCGUGAUGUUUGUAGACUGAGCAUGGAUGGGGACAAUCCGAGGUCCAGAUGAAGGGAAACUAAAAACUAACAUUGGCAUUUCUGUUCUAUUACAAUAACAGAUCUAAGUGUAAAUCAAACGUUUCUUUGUGAUGGCAUUGUGUACACUGGCUGUGUGUUCUCUGUUACAUACUGUCUGACAGUCUCUCACAUGUGAUAGACACUACCAGCAGUGAUAUCUUUGGGUUCAGUAUACUUUAUCUAAUACAAGCUGUGAUAUAUACACAGAUACUAAAUGUGUUUUAAUAACCUGAGGGCCACAACUAGUAGGUAUAGACUGCUUUGUUCAUGGAUAAUUCGGAAGCGAAAGUCAUAGCAUUGUGAGAGUGCACAACAGAACAGAAGCCAUCAGUUUGAAUGACUUUCACUCCGUUAUUGUUAUUUUGCCAUCAGUAAAUCUUGGAGGACUCCCUAAGUUCUGGCUUGUGAUUGCUGUAUAGAGUUCUAUAGUCAAGUUUCGCAGUCAGUGUGAAUUUUGGGGCAAAUUUCUAUUUAAUUUUAGUCAUUGUCCUUUUGACCAAAGCACUAUUUUAGUUUUAGUCGUAUUUUAAACAUCUGAAUUGUUUUAGUCCACUAAAUCUCAAAAAUGUUAUUCAAUUAAAAUUGUUGGUCAACUAAAUUAACACUGGUCACAGUGUCUGUUGCCGUGGUCACAAAUGGGCAGUUCUCCAGCUAUUUCAGAUCUCUAUCUCCCAUGGGGUUUGAUUAUGUUGGGAAUGCAGGAAAACUUUGUCGGGUUGUUGUUGAAACCUUAGUUGAUGGACUAUCAAAUAUACCUCCUUUAUUUAAUCAAUUGAUUCCAACAGGCAAUUAAAUGUUCUUUAGCAAACAUCUCUGCUCCGUCUUGUGGGUGGACCCCCGAAUGCCUCUUAGAUGUCAGAAAACUGCUCCUGGGAAAACCGCUCGCCAUCACAAUUAUCUCUUGUAGGGCACAAGAGGAAAUGCCAUCUUACGGGGUCGAUAUUUUCUUACCAUCAGGUAAGGUUUGACCUUAAAUACUGUGUUUACUCGUGGGAAGUAGAGUAGCGGUUUCUAGGUAACCUUUUGCCAUUUUAACAGGUAUUGGACACUCAGGGUUGUAUGUCUUGGUUGUAGCUAGCAUGGGGGUUAAAGUUAGUGGAUUUAAUGACUAAAUACACUGAACUCCAUGUAAAUGUUUGUAACUAUUAAUAGACUUAUGCAAAGCAAAAAAAGAAAUUCAAUUUGUCCUGGAAGAAAAUUUACGUUGGAUGAACAGAGUUUUGUCCAUGUAGCGUUGCAGUUUAGAAAACCAGUUCAGACAAACCAAAAUGGUUUACUGCACUGCUAGGCAUAGAGUAACUUAACACAUGAUCAGUGAAACAGACUGUCACUCUCACACUGGCACAGCGUGGGUUAACACACAAUCACUGCUGGUCUGACACUGUCACACCCAUACAGGCACCGCGAGGCUUAAUACACAAUCACUGCUGGUCUGACACUGUCACAUCCAUACAAGCACCGGGAGAGUUAACACACAAUCACUGCUGGUCUAACACUAGGAUCAGUGACACACUGUCACACCCAUACAGGCACCAUGAGGGUUGGUCUAGGAAUCAACCAUCCUCCUCUGCGAUCAAUCAGCAGCUUAUUGGUACCGAAAAACUUAGAAAUAAGCUUUUUCUCGUUUGCAUUACAGACAGAAUUGCCUUUUCCAUUGCUUGUUUUUAAUUUUUUCUAAAUCUGUUCAGAGUUGCAGGAUUUGGGCAAAUCACACUUCAUUUAAAGCCAAACGCACAAGCCUAAAGAUUAAUGCAUUAUCCUAUGUUAGCUUGGCCAUUAUCCGUAAAACAGUCACAUUCCAAACAUCAAACAAUGUCCCUUUAUUUAGCAAUGUUGCCACUUCUACAACGGUCUUUGUCCAGCUUUAAUAAAGGCACGUGGCUUGAAAGGAUGUGCUGGGAUAUUUUCUUUCUUGAGAAUGUUUGUGCUGAAUUCCGUGACCCUGUGUGCUAGGUGCUCCCCUUACUUUGGAUUCCGUUAUCAGUGAAACAGUCAGCCAGUGCAUACCAAAAAUAGUUUUUAUAGGAAAAUGUUGGGUACUACACUCCUGGGGAUAAACACAUUCUCACUUACACUGUCUUAAUCUAGCGAGAAAUAACUCUAUAUAUUAAAUAAACCUGUCAUGUAUAUCAGUAGCCUUGCACUGUUUAAUGUGAAAGUCAAAUGUAAAAAUGUUAGUAAAAAAAACAAACGCUUGUUGAUUUGUACCCUAGUAUGUCAGCAGUAAGACCAUACUAUGGACAGACAUCAUUGUCUAUUGAGAAUAAACUGCAGAUAUAUAGAUCGGUGGAUAGACAUUCACCUUCAUAUAUUUGGCAAUGAUAGCAUAGGAUCCUGGAUCUAGUUAUUUAUGACUUGUUUUAAUCUACCUGAAGCUAACCGGACAUUAAUAGUUAUGUAUGAUCAGAACCCUGUAACAAGGAAUACAUUGGGAGUUUAUCAUUCUGAAAUUAUUGAUCACCUUAUAGCUUGCAUUGCCAGCCAUUAAUCUGUGUAGAACAUGUCUGUCUUACUAUCACAGCCAUUGAUGCAGAAUCUUAUUCGUUCACGGCUGAUUCAUCCAUGGGUUUCGUGUUUAUGGCCCAUAGUGCUAUUUUUAAUAAGAACUCCUCCUGUUGCUCUGUUUUUGGGAAAGUAUAAUUCUCUUGUAUUUCUUCUUAGGAGUGAAUAUGGACAAACUGCUUGUAGAGAAAGGAUAUGCGUUUACCGAAAAAGGAAAAAGUCCCAUCCGAAAUCACAAUCCCCCACAGGAGCGUAAGAGUAACAGUUUGCUGUGUUUUCUGUCCAUAUCCUAAAUGCAAUGUUUUUGUGUGUUCAUACAGGAGAUAAAUAGAAUAACUUACCAUGCUUUCUUUAGAUUUUCCCCAGAUCUCCACCAGCUAAAAGUUUACAUAAGGGAUUUUCAUUGGUCGUAGCAAUUACAGAUGUUAACUUUAUUAAUUUUGUAAUCGAUCAAUGGGUUCCUUUUGUCUUUACAUUACUCUCCUUUUGCAGUAUCUAUUCCAGCUAGCUUUCAUGGGUUUUAUCAGCAAUCCUACCAGUUAGUCAUAGAUAAUGUAAUGCAGCCUGAUCUCAAGGACCCUCUCCAAAGAGGGGUCUGUAUCCUUCUAGCUAUCAGAGGGGUAGGUUGGAGACAACCACUUUCUCUUUGGGAAUUUGCAGCUCUUGAGGAUCUACUGCAUGUGUUAGCUGCAUGUCUUUUACUUUUUUCUUAAAAUUUUGCAGAAUAACAAAAUCUUUACAAUUUGUUUCUGCAGUUCCACACCUGGAGAAAGCCAAAGAACUCCUUGAUGGGAAGAGUGAGAAUCCCAGCAGUGAAUCACAGACACAGACACUGAAAAUGAUUGCUGUGGCUGUAGGAAAUGUUUUCAAUGCUGCCAUCACAGAUAUUCAGAGUCCAGACGAUUUUUUCUGUCAGCAGCUGCAGAAUGCAAGUGCGUACAUACUGUCCAUUCUUUAGAAGAUAAAUUGGGUUCGUCACUAAACUCUGAAUAUGAGCAAAUUAAACCUUGAUUGGAAAAACCUAGGCUAAUAGAACUGAUUUGGAAAUAUUCUUCACUCUGCUAUUUCAGUCAUAGAAUUGCCAUUUGGGUUUUUAUUUGCUAUAAGUCAAUGUUUAGGGAAUUAGCCAAUGGAACUUUAUACUUAACGCUAAUUAUAACCUCUAAGCACCAAGUAUAUGUAAACCUGUUGCCCAAUACCCGUUACAAAUUGUACAAUGCUGCAGGAUAUCGUGUUGCUUUACAAAUAGUGUUUUUUUUCUUGUGUAGAAGAUCUUGCCGAGCUCAUGGACAGCAUGAGCAAACAUUACAAAGUAAUGCCGGCCAGUCCUAAUUUUGUCCCAGCUGUGGGGGAUAUGUGCAGCGCACAGUUUACAGGUAACUCACAAGCCAACAUUGUUUUUAUGCACAGGGGUACAGGUAUGCAAAUGAGAUGUAUGACUCUAUACGUUGUGACACCUAACAGUGUAAUUCAGAGACAUUCACACCGGGCGAAUAAAAAAGUAAAAUAAAUGUUGGUGUCUCCUGCCGUGAAAUGCUUGGCAUUGAAUGGUUAAUUAUUUUUACAGAGGAUGACCGCUGGUACCGAGCUAGCAUUCUAAAGUACACCUCACACGAUUCUGUGCUUGUUGGCUACGUAGAUUAUGGAAACGUGGAGAUCUUACCUGUCUCCAGACUCCGACCCAUUCUCCCCAGUAUGAUGAUGUUACCUUUACAAGCCAUAAAGUGCCGUUUAGCAGGUAGGAAGCCAUUGCGAUAAGGUUUAUUGCAACAAAUGUAUUGAUUAUUAAACAUUUUCUCACAAUACUAUAUUCUUCUGUCUUGGCAUAUAGAUUCUUUGCAUUUAUUUUUUUAUUUUUUUUCAUAUUCCCUCAUUAACACAAAGACUGACAUGGGAAUUCACAAUUCUGCUUAGCUGGAAAGAAUUAAUUUAUUUUCAGACUUUUACAGUUCAGUUACUUUGACUUACUAUUUACAAUUCCAUAGUAAUUUCCUGCCGCUCAGAUAGUGCUUGACCAUCUAAAUCAUGCCUACUAUUUGCAGGUGUUAAACCUCCCUCUGAAAAGUGGUCUAAAGAGGCUACAGCUGCCAUGAUGACGUUAGUUGCCAACAAGAUCAUCACGGUUAAAGUGGUAGCACAGUCGGAGUUCUCCUUGAUUGUGGAUCUUAUAGAUGUGUCCGUGAAUCCUGAGCUUCUAAUUUCAAAUUACCUGAUUAAGGCUGGCAUGGCAGUUGAAAAAGAGUUGACCACGAGUGCCAAAUAUCACAGUUUAGAAGACAGCAAGCCUAACGGUAAGUCAUGUGGUUUAUUGCUUGUAAAUAGGCAACGGUCUAAUAAAAAAAAUUAAUUUCUGUCUGCAAUCAAGUGAAGUAUUGGAGUCCGCACUGUCACGUCAUGUCAUUUACUGUUCUGACAGGAAAAGUUGUGCUGAGCAAAAUUACUGCCCUUACAGGAAAAAUUGUGCCGAGCAGCAAUCAAUCCACAGGAGGGUUUGUACUGAGCAGCAAUCAUGCAAAUAGGAACCUGGUAACUGCCUUUGAGGUCAAAGGCCGGUUACAACCAAUCAGAUCCACAGGCGGGGUAUUUAGGCCCAGUUAUCCUCUUGCUCAGUGCCCUUUCGUGGUUUCCCUUGUGGUUGUCCGAGAGCGCGUUACUGAUUCUGGUUAUUUGACUUUGGCAUUUAUUUUGUCUUCCCUGUUUUCUGGCAUCCCUAACCCCUGGAUUUUUCCUUAUCAUUGUCUCUUUCUGUGUCCCUUGACCUUGGCUAUUCCUGACUAUUCUUUGGUACAUUAGUCCGGCCAUUCUAAGGUCCGGUAUACGUUACCUAUCAGUCCUCUGUUACAUAAUUCUGCUUGCUGGAUCAUACUGUAAUCCUGACACGCACAUGUUGAUUAUAUUAUAUAUGCUUGGUUAAUCAGGAGCCCUUCUGCACAGCAAUAUCUGUAAGCUCCCCCUAAAGGUUUAUUCUUAAACUCCCUAAAAUGAGUAAAAGAACAUUUUUCCCAGUAUUCUUUUUUUACAAAAUCUAUUUCAUAUGUUAUUUAACUUCAAUGAACAUAUGAAAUGCAUCGUUUUCACUAGUCAAUGAUCAUUGGCAGUUUCCACAUAUUCCCAUGAGAAAAGAGGAACUAAUUGGGUCAUAUUAAUGAUGAGCAGUGUUAGAGAGCUCAGGGUGUUCUUUUAAAGAGGCACGGUGGUUAAAUCCCCACCCCCACCACCACCACCACCACCACCACCCCGUUUUAAAAAGGAAAAUGAGCCAAGCAGUCAGGCGGACUUGAGAAAGGAACAGGGGGAAACCGAUACAUCUGAAUAUCACCUUUAGAAGGGAGGCACAAAGGCAUUACUACCACUAUGCAAGCACACAAUUUAAAAAAAACACCAUAGAGCACUGCCGAACUGGCCAGUAGCCUUAACGAGAGAUUGGAUAAAAACUGUCUUAGUUAAGCUACCAUAUCCAGAAGCCCACUUUACCUGCCAAUAGUUAAGUCCUGCGCAGACACCUGAAAGUGGGCAGAGCAACAAGACAAGGCACAAGGUCUGAGACCAAACCGUACAUGGCACCACUCGUACAUACAGGCCACCCCGUACCCGGCCACCAGGCCCAAGACAAUAUGCACCCCAUUUACCGUACGUGUAGCAUAGGAUUGUGUGUAUCCAUUGGUAAUGUAAUGUGCCUUCUGGGUUAUGGUAUUCACCCCUCCCUUUUUUCUUUUCUGUACCCAACUGCCUCUUCGCUGACUCAAUAAAAAUUGUCAAAUUGAAAAAAAAUAAAGAGGCACGGUGGUUACCCUCUUGUAGAUGGGUUGUGGGACCGUGGACUGUCAUGUUUAUAGAAUAAAGCUUUUAUUAAAUGACAUAAUAGAUCAUUGAGAAAACAUGUGUCUCCUCCUCCUCCUCCUCCUCCUCCUCCUCCUCCUCCUCCGUAGAGGACGAGUCACUGCCGUUGAAAUGGAUUGAGCUUCCUAUUGGACGUCCUGUUGAAGUUUCAGUUUGUGUGCUGCUAAGCCCAGGAGAAUUCUACUGCCAGCUCUGCAGUGACAAAGGUAACCGUCAAAUAAACAAAGUUAUUCACUAAGGAAUGGGACAAUUGUUGACUGUUCACAGGAAAUUCGAAACUUGAGGCCAAUCAAUAUAGCUGAAUUGGCGCAUUUUUCCAAUUUAGAUAUUUUGUUCUUGAAUUUGAAAUUCACAUUUAAUUCCAAACAAAUUCCCAACAAUUCACACGUUAUUGUGGGAGCAUGUCACGGGAGCAAGCUUGUAACAUAUAGAAAACGGCUGCUAGCAGCCAUUCCUUCUACCAAGCAAAUGUAUUGAGGUGUGAUAACUCUUCUUUACUCGAAAUUUUUGGUCUUGACUGGAGCUUACCCAUUAUUAUAUAGUGCGUCAUUCAAAGUGCAAAAAAUAUAUUUAUUUUUAGGCUGUCUAUGCGUUUUGUGUUGUAAAAAGCAAACAAACUUUGUCCGCUUCAGUUAUUAGCCAAUGCAGCACAGAGGGGAUGGACUGAUGGGGACUUUUAUUUAGCAUUAAAAACUGUUUAAUGCUGAAUGAAAUGAUGGUACUAGGGGACUCCAGUUUAAUGAGAUGAAGUAGACACCGUGCCUACAAUGUCCCUUUAAAGGAAUGCUCUAAGCACCAUAACCACUGCAACAUUAUGAAGUGGUUAUGGAGCCCGGAGUCCCCUUGCACUAUCCUAUGCCUUGAGCAAGCCAUUUCCAAACUGAUUUACACAGUCUUUUGGGCACCCGUGGUACAUCUGGAUAGAAGCUCCUAAUCUGCUUUAGCAAUAUCAGAUGUGUCCCUGUUCAGAAAUCUUUCAUUGACUGAGUGUCAUUCUUCAGAUUAUUUUUAAACCGUAAAAGUCCUUAGUUAAAUAAUCACUAGACCCAGCAGAUCGUUAGACAGGGGACACUUUCUAAAUUGUUACUUUUUGUAUGUUGAAGAGAUGAAAUGUACAUUCUUGUAUACAUAUGCAUUUACAGAGUGUAGUAACCGCCUGCUACUUUUAAUUACUGAGUAGAGACUGACAUCUACUGGUCAUACUGCAAAUCUUAAACUUGUUAAGUGUGUAAUGAAUAUCAUGGGACACUAAAUUAAACUUUCUAAAUGAUUCAGUACUGUUAGAAAAAUCUCAAGAUGAUUUAUCAACAAAAAAUCCACUAGAAUUUAGGUGACAUGGAAUGUUUUCUAAAUGUAUUAAAUAAUUUGGAAAGCGAAUUUCAACUGAGGUAAAAGUCUGCUAACUAGACAAUUUUGGCACUAGAUAUCAUACUAAUAUCAUUAAAAUACAUUUAAAUACAUAAAGGGAAUCAACACCGUAAAGGAGGAGGGCUACUAAACUGGUUCAUGGAUUGCAGGAUAAAACUUACCAGGAAAGGUUAAAGGAUCUUAACAUGUAUAGCUUGGAGGAAAGACGAGACAGGGGGGAUAUGAUAGAAACAUUUAAAUACAUAAAGGGAAUCAACACAGUAAAGGAGGAGACUAUAUUUAAAAGAAGAAAAACUACCACAACAAGAGGACAUAGUCUUAAAUUAGAGGGACAAAGGUUUAAAAAUAAUAUCAGGAAGUAUUACUUUACUGAGAGGGUAGUGGAUGCAUGGAAUAGCCUUCCAGCUGAAGUGGUAGAGGUUAACACAGUAAAGGAGUUUAAGCAUGCGUGGGAUAGGCAUAAGGCUAUCCUAACUAUAAGAUAAAGUAUUUAGAAAAUUGGGCAGACUAGAUGGGCCGAAUGGUUCUUAUCUGUCGUCACAUUCUAUUUUUCUAUUAGUUCACUAAUAUUCAUGGUUUUUAUGUAUACCAUAAAUUCGAUGCUAUUUGUGUAUAUUUUCAGAUUUAUCGUCGCUCAGAGAAGUAAACAGGUUGCUGAGUCAGUAUUGCUUGAAGCAUCAGUCCAAGGAUUAUAAUCCAAAGCACGGGGAGCUGUGUUGCUCCUUUUUCUCUGGUGAGUAAGAGGACACUUAAUUUAUUAUGGCUUCUACACCAUGGAAUAAAACUGUCACAGUGAAGGUUUUCAUAAAGUACUUUUUACUUGCCUACACAUGUUAGGAUUGUGAGUUUUACUCUAUAUGAAUUGAAAGAAACGUCUGUGUGUAAUAUAACUGGCAGGACCUUUAUUCUAGAACAGUGGCUCUAAAUGACCGCUGACCACAAGUUAAUUAUCUAUCUAAUAUUUAUUAAAAUUUUUUAACAGGUGAUAAAAAUUGGUACCGGGCACAGGUGAUCAAGCUUAUCGAGACUGAGAAAGCAAAAGUAAACUUUUUGGAUUAUGGGAAUGUAGAGGAAGUUGCUGUUGAUAAACUUUGCAAAAUGCCCUCACAAUUUUUGGAACUUCCUUUUCAAGCAGUUAAAUGCAGUUUGGCUGGUAAGUUAGUGCCUCACAAACUUAUUUUUAUAUAAUAGAGUUGUCAUUGGUAAACAUAAGUAAAACCUGACUGCCUUGUUAAAGGAACUCUAAAGUGUUGGAAAUGGAUUAUAACUGUGUUCCUAAUGCUUCUAGUGUUCUUGUCCUUAAUUAUAUAGGUCUUCCCUCGCUUGUCUGGGCGAUAAAAAAAUAAAGAUUUUACUCCCCUUUUUCCAGCGCUGGGGCUCACUCUGUGCUGCUUACCUCUCACAUUGUUAAACCCAUAGUCUGAUAUGCAGCGAGCACCAAACAGACAUCCAAACCUCCCCAUAGGAGGCCAUGAAUUCUCCCGCAUCACAUGAUGGCGUUGCACUCAGUGCCGCGGAAGCUUCUCUAGUGGUUGUCAUGAAGGCGGCCACCAAAGGUGCAUUUAACCCUUCCAUGUAAACAUUGCAGCUUCUACAAAAGGGCAAUGUUUACUUUGUAGGUUUAACAGAAGUGGUGGCCUGGGAGACUUUAUUGCUCAUGGGAAAUACAUGGUUAUAUUUUGAGGGGGUGGGGGGGGUUGUUCCUUUUUAACAGCAUGUAAAAAUAAUGAAGUAUGUAUUUAUUUUUUAUACACUUUAGUAAAGGAAUUGAGAUUGUGUUUGAGAGAGAUCACUGAGAAUUUCAGAUAUUGACAGAACACAUCUUCACAAAGAGAAAUGUUUCUGCUCACUUAGCACCCCACUUAUUACUUGUGCUGUGUGGUUUGUAAGUUCAAUAAAAAAUCUGCUAUGAAUACAAGAAACUGCACAGUCCCCAGAACACUAAAUGCGAGGGAUCGGAAGAUUUUCUAUCUAAUAGGAUGCUAAUAAAUUUUUAUCUUUCUUUAUUUUUCCCCCCCGCUAACAAAAUCUGUAGGUGUAAAGCCUAUAGGAAAUAAAUGGAGGCGAGAAUCAUGUGAGAAGUUUCAGAUGUGUGUAGCUGGCCUUAAGCUUCAGGCUAAAGCGAUUAGUAAGCAUGAAGAUGGCUACUCUGUGGAACUUGUGGAUACAAAGAGCAGUAAGCUAAUCAGCGAUGUCCUUAUUGCGGAGGGAGCAGCCAUUUCUGAUGAUGACAGGAAAAACCGAAUGUCAAGCGGCGACUCUAAAUCGGUACACAAAAUAAGUUUGCCAGGCACCUCACCCAGGGAGAUUACAUCAAAUAGAUAUUCUGCAAAUGGGGAAGCUCCUGCAGUUACAGAUCCAUCCGGUCGCAGCAUUUUGCCCAUCGCAAAACAAACUUCUUCAGUAGAACCGGUGAAGGAUUUGUCCAAAGAAUCGUCUGUAGUGAAUAAAAUGACUCUUAAUCAACGGCAGGAAGGUAAGGACAGAAAACCCAUUUACUGACAUUUUCAAUGCUGUAUUACUGGCAUUAUCGCUCUCCCUGCCACCCCCUCACCAGUAAAUAAAUGGUUAAAACACCUUUUAUUCACUUACCUGAUCCCAGCACUGAUGUCCCUCGACGCUGGGUAGACUCACACAUUAGACCUCCCUAUAGGAAAGCAUUGCUCUCCUAUUGGCAAAAAUCUGACACUGGAGUUCCUCAUGCAGAGCGUGAGGAUGUCCAGCGUCAGAUACUAGACCAAAGGUUUGUUUCAAUCCAGGAAGCGCCCCCAUUAGCUGUCUGGUAGACAGCUACUGAUGGCGGACUUAUUGCUGCAAUGUAAACAUUGCAGUUUCUCUGAAAUUGCAAUGUUUAACAUUGCAGCACUAAGGGCAAUAGGUACACUGCACACAGACCACUUUAAUGAACUGAAUUGAUCUGGGUGCCGACCGUGUCCCUUUUAAUACUCAUUCCAUCAACCAUUUUAUGCUAAAAUAAAUGGCAGAAUUUUAUCUCCUGAUUACAUGACUUGGAUUGUCCCUAAAACUACAUAAUUAGUGAGAUGUGUUCUGGUGAAUAUAUAUAAGCUGUGAUAUUUAAUCUGUGUGGUAUAAGCAGGCCAUGGUUUAGCAGUGCUUUUAGGAGAAAUUAAUUUGACAGACUGUGCCCUGACUGUAAACUGUGUCCAUAUUUAUUCCAUGUCUCUUGAAAUGUUCACCUGCGAUGCACACUCUUUAGAUGAGACUAUAAGAAUAACACGAUGGGGUGUACACAGAAGAAGGCUGCAGAGUACAAUUGAUACAAUAAAUACCAGUUGAGCCUGUGACUGUAUCCUCGAGUCUAGCGGAACUUUUGCUGGACAGAGUAAAACUCAGUCAUGUAAUGCUGCAGCCCCAGAGAAAGCAUUGAUUCAGUACUUUCCUAGAGGAAGCUUAAAUACACUUUCUGCAUUGAUCGAGUUAGCGGUUAUAACAUACUGUAUGCUGGGAUAGAUUAACACUGGAUAAUAACGAGUGCACGUCCGCAUAGGUUGUUCUAGUACCUUGAUGCUUUAUUUUAUGGCUGCUUCUUUAACCAGGCUGAGUCCCCCUUCUCUGAAGUAAAGUUGAGGGACCGGGUGUUUAUCUGUUCUCUAAAUAUUGUAAGACCAAAUUCGUUAAGGUAAAAUUACUGUGCAUUUCAUAGAAAACUUUAGUGCCCUCUACUCCCACUGUGUGAGGAAGUGGUGUUAGGAAACACUAAAUAAGAUUGACCAGGCCUUGGGAUUUCCUAUAAAAUACACUUUAAUGUGUAUUUGGCCAAAUGUGACACUGCCUGAUCAUAAUAUGAGUAUUUCAUCUGCAAGGCUAAACUUAUAGCGUACCCCUGUAGUAACUGCAUAGCAUUUUACCAGCAUGGAUACCCAUAUAGUGCCCGCCUAGCGUUUCACCAGCAUGGAUACCCAUAUACUGCCCAGAUAGCGUUUUACCAGCAUGGAUACCUAUUUAGUGCCCACAUAGCGUUUCACCAGUACGGAUAUCCAUAUUGUGCCCGCCUAGCGUUUCACCAUCAUGGAUACCCAUAUAGUGCCCGCUCAUCGUUUCAUCAUUAUGGAUGCCCAUAUAGUGCCCACCUAACGUUUCACCAGCACGGAUACCCAUAUAGUGCCCGCCUAGCGUUUCACCAGCAUGGAUACCCAUAUAGUGCCCACAUAGCGUUUCACCAGCAUGGAUACCCAUAUAGUGCCCGCCUAGCGUUUUACCAGCAUGGAUACCCAUGUUGUAUUGCUGUUUAACGAUUACCGAAAUCUAUGCUACUCAGCCUUUGUUAAAAUCAGAAAAGGCUGCGUUUAACUAUUUUAAAAAUUGCCUGCUACAUUUUAAAUGCACUGUAAAGACUCCAGUUGGUGCAUGAACUAACUGAGCUAUGUGCCUAUAAAAUCCCUGCACAGACGGUGCCAGUUAGUGGUAUGGUAUUGUUACCCAUCACCCAGUGUUUGCCUGCUCCCUCUCUCCCACUAACUGUAUAAUCAAACAAAAUGACUUGCUCUAUCACAGGAAUUCCUAAUGAACACACCAUUAAUUCUGAACCAAAGCCAGCUCAUAAAACAUUCUUUAUUGCCAUCUUUGCUGUUAACUGUACUCAAUUCUUCUUAAUCUUUUUUGUUAUCUUAACGUGUAACUUGUUAUUCGUGCAACUUUUUUCUUUUUUGAUUAGAUGUCUGUGAUAACCGGCAGUGGAAAUCUAUAGAUUUGCCGCUAAAUGAAGCAUUACAAGCUUGCGUGAUUAGUGUGAUCAGUCCGGACCUGUUUUUCAUUUUCCCUAAAGAAAUCAAAGGUGAGCAGAUUGUAGCAAUGUUUUAUAAUCUCUGCUUUCCCUUCAUUUGCAGAGGGAAAAGCAAAACUAAAUGUCAGUUUUCUUAGGUUAACCCCAGGCCUCCAAUAACAAACAUGUUGAAAUCCACUCUGAGGAUAGGUAGAACUUUUAUGGAAGGAUAGAAAUGUAUGCCCUAUAAUUUUUCAUUUUAUUUAGCUGAUGAGACGAGAGUUCAAAGGCUUCAGCGAGUGUUGGUAGACAUUGCUGGCUACUGUAACGCAGAGCGAAGUGGUGGGAGAUUUACACCAUCUGUUGGUGAAAUGUGCUGUGCCCAGUUCACAGGUUAGUAUGCUUUUCUGUUCAAUUCCAAUAUAGCAAAUCUCCAGAAAAAAGACUGAAUAAACAUUCCCUUUUGGUUCUGUUGGGAUAGAGCUGUCGUGUUGUAACUCAUUCCAUAGCUGUACUGGGAGAUGUUCCUGAGAAAUUAGAGCUGUUAGCAGUGUAAAAAAAAAAACAAAAGUGCAUGUUUUCCACUGAGGGCUCCUUUUACCUGUACUGUCACAUUCAGGGGGAGAUGGUGGCUUUUGUAUGUGUUGUGAGGUAACCCCUCACAGUAUAUGAUAAGAUAUCUUUCUCCAAUUGUAAAAUGUUUUGGGUGACUCCUGUGCUUUGUGGUGCCCUGGAGUUGAAGGGCUAUGAUCUAGACCCUAUGCCCACCUACAUAGCAACUAAGAAAUAUUCUGUGCAGGAGGUGCUCUGGGCCAUGGGAGGGCACUGGCGAGGUGGGCUUUGACACAUUGGAGGAAAACAAAAGUACCCAGGUUCCUGAGGGGCUCUGGUAAAAUGGGGAUAACUGAGGGCUGCCCUGGUAAAACGGGGGAAGGAGGGCUGAUAAAAGGAUGCUCUGUUACAUGGAAGUGAGCUGUUAAAGGGGUACUCUGGUAAACAUGGAGGUAAUUGAUGUGGGGUUCUCUGGUAAAGGUAGGAAGGAUUAGUGUUUCCUGGUACGGGGAGGAGACUGAAGAGUUCCAAGUCAACUGAUGCAAUUUUUUCCAUGAAAUAUAGAAAUAGGCUUCUUUUAAAUGUGUUUAUUACAGCGCUUUAAUUAGGGAUCGACCGAUUAUCGGUCUGGCCGAUAUUAUCGGCCGAUAUUUGGUAUUUUCAGCAAUAUCGGUAUCGGCCAAUUCAGAUACCGUAUUGCCGAUAAUAUAUAACAGGACCGCCGGGCCCAUUACAAGCCCAGCGGUCCUGUGGGGGCCAGCAGCAAGCGCUGACUUACCUUGCAUGCAGCUCCUACAGCUCUCUGUGUAAAUCUCGCGAGACCCGCGGCCGCAGAGCGUUGCCACGGGUUACCAUGGCAACGCUCCGCGCGGCACUAAGAGCCGCGAGAUUUACAUAGGGAGCUGUAGGAGCUGCUUGCAAGGUAAGUCAGCGUUUGCUGCUGCUGAGCCACCACUGUACUUAACAAGCCACUGGACCACCAGGGGAUACUAUAUCCCCCUCCCUGGUAAGAAGCAGGGAGGGGGGACUAAACAAAAAAUAAAAAAAACAUUUCAAUAUUAAAAAAAAUAUUAAAAUAAAAAAUUACACAAAUUACAUCACUACACACACACACACACUGCACACAUACUGCAUUACAUACACACUACACAAACACACACUACACAAACACACACUGGGGGGGACUAAACAAAAAAAAACAUUUAAAUAUUAAAAAAAAUAUUAAAAUAAAAAAUUACACAAAUAACAUCACUACACAAACACACACACUACACAAACACACACUGCACACAUACUGCAUUACAUACACACACACUGCAUUACAUACACACUACACAGGCACACACACUGCAUUACAUACACACACUACACAGACAGACACUACACACACACCACAAACACACACUGCACACAUACUGCAUUACAGACACACACUGCACACACUACACUGCACACACACUGCAUUACAUACACACACUGCAUUACAUACACACUACACAAACAGUACACAUACUGCAUUACAUACACACUACACAGACACACACACUGCAUUACAUACAUACACACAACACAAACACACACACACUGCAUUACAUACACACACAAAAACACACUGCAUUAUACACACACACUACAUAAACACACUGCAUUAUAUACACACUACACACACUGCAUUAUAUACACACACUCUGCAUCCACUACACACACACACACACACACACACUACACAAACACACACAGUUCCCCUGUCUAAACACACUUCUCCACUACAUGUGGCAUGUAUAUUUUGUGCAUUUACCUUUCAAAUUAGUUUAUUUAUUCAAAAUAGUAAAUGUACAGAAUAUCGGCAAGAUAUCGGCUAUCGGCCUGAAAGUUCGCAGAUUAUCGGUAUCGGCUCUAAAAAAUCAAUAUCGGUCGAUCCCUAGCUUUAAUUGUAGUGAUGUUUUAUUUUACUUUGAGGGUUUUUUUUUUUUUUUUUUUUUUUGGUCAACAUUUUAAUUGCAAAAACCUUUUAAAACAUAACACUCAAACUUGUGUACACAGGUUCAGAAUGCAACCACUUGAUUAAGUCUUGUCCAAAUUAUCAGAACUAAAUAGUUGUUAAUAUUUAAAUCUGUAUGUUCCCUUAAUUGAAAUAAUAGAUACAGGUCAGGAUGUGGAAACAUUCUAACUCCCGCAUGAAAGCACCUGUUAUCUGAUGGUUUUUUUUUUUGUCCUUCUAAACCUUUCUCCAUGUGUGAUGCUGUCUUUCAUAUGAUUACCGCUGCUGAGUAUUCAUUGGAUGCUGUGUAUUUCCAGCUGAUGGGCAGUUUUACAGAGCACUGGUAUUGGACACCUCUGAAUGUGCUGCUAAAAUCAUAUACGUAGACUAUGGAAACAUUGAAACCCUGCCUUUCUCAUCCCUCCAUCCGAUAAGAGAGAGUUCGCUGGUGCUCCCUGUGCAGAUCGUAAAGUGCAGCCUUGCAGGUAAAUACAACAUUUCCAGGAACGUAAUACUAUUUUUUUAUUUUUUUUUAAAGAAAAUCUGUUCCUGUAGAUAUCAUAAAGUGGCAUUAUAGAGAGACCAGUCCUAUAUAAUCUAUACAUCAGCAAAAUAUUAUGUUUCUAACGCUUGUAUUUUUUUUUCAUAAAGCUUAAUGUUUUAAAGAGAGACAUUGUCUUAAAUUCUACAAUUAUGGGGGGUGGGAGGGGGUGUAUGAAGUAUAAUUGAAAGGGCUAUAAGUUUCACUCUGUACUAGAUGGGUAUGUCCUUGUGUGUACAGAGCUCUGUAUUCCACUGCAAUAUUGUGAUUUCAGGUCAUCUUUAUCACACCCUGUCUGUAGUUCUUUUCAUGCUGUUUGUUUGACUCUUUCCCUUUUCUGUCCCAGGAGUGACACCGGUUUCAGAAAAGUGGUCUGCGGAGUGUAUUGAGCUGUUAAACUCGCUAAUUCUGCAGAAAGAGGUUACCUUAACAGUUUUGGGUGUGAAUGGGGGCAUCUACACAGUGUCCUUGGAACAGCUGCACUCAACGGGGCUUUUAAACAUCGCUGAAAAGUUGGUCAGUGAAGGAGUGGCCCAAAGCACAACUCCUCCAUCUAAGGGUGCAUGUAAAGGUAAGUUUUUGUGUGGGGUGAUAAUUUUUUUUAAUAGUAGAAGAGGUAGAGGUCCUGUAAAAAGCUAAAGGUCUGCGGGUUACUUGGUUUAAUCUCUGUACCACCUCUAAUCUCUCCAUUGUUCAAUUUCCUUUAUCUGACCACCAUCUGCUGACCUUUGACAUCGGCAUACCCAAAUUUCACCACCCCUACCUCUCCAAUCUCGCAGAAACCUCCACUGCAUUGAUCUGCAGCAUCUCUCCUCCAAAAUCUCCUUAACCCAUCUCAAAUCUCACUUGCCCUUACUCUGCAACUCCACUUUCUCCUCUCAAUUCGACAUCAUGGCACCUCCUACAUUUAAACCCAGCAAGCGUUCCCAAUUACAACCCUGGCACACCAAGCUGACCCGAUUUCUCAAAACAUGUUCCAGAACUGCUGAACGCUGUUGGAGAAAGUCUUACUUUGCACCAGACUUCUUUCUCUAUAACUUAAUGCUGCACUCCUACACUCUGGCUCUUUCCUCUGCAAAAGUAAUUUAUUUAAACACCCUCAUAAGCACACUGUUCCAGCAACCCAAACAACUAUUUCACACUUUUAGUGCUCUCCUUCGCCCUGCUGCUCCCCCUCCUCCGACCACCCUGUACGCCUCAAACAUUGCAACUCACUUCACUGAGAAGAUUUCUACAAUCAGGGGAGAGAUCUCUAACCUCUUCCCCCUCCCCUUCCAAUACAUCACCCAACCUCCCUCACUCCACUGUUCUAUGAUUUUUCACACCUUCUACAAUGGAAGAGGUUUCUGCUCUGCUCUGGUCCUCACAACCCCCACCUGUUCCCUUGAUCCUAUUAAAAAAAGAAGCGGAGGAUACAAUAUAAUAUUAAAAUAUAUAUAUAUAUAUAUAUAUAAGCAAUGGAAUAAUAAGAGAAAAAUAUGUGAAUUAAAACAUAACUUUUAAUAGAAGUAUAAAUCCAUAAAAAGUCUCAUAAGACGAAAAGACCCACUACAACACAAAACUAAUAGUACUAUGUACACAUACACACAACGUAAAAUUAAAAAUUGACAGAGGCUGGUCCAUACUGCUGAAAAAAUUGCUGUAAAUGUCCCUAAAUAGGAUUUAGUUUGAAUCACUAAAUCAUAUAUCAAUUAAACUGUUUGUUUGAUAACAGGAUAUCCACUGACAAAGAAUUGAUUGUAAAUGCUUACUAGGUGGUCAGCAGUGAUAAUUCUGACUCUAUUGGCAACUAUGUAUCUCAGUAGUUAUCGAAAUGUAACCAAAAUGGAGCGAAAGAAGCUAUCCGCUUCUGUAGUUAGAAGAAUAUAGAUAGCUGUUUGGUAAGGAGUUUAACGCUGAAGGUAAAAAUUCCUAUAAUUUACCACGUAUAUAACAGGAUGGGGUGAGGGGGAGAAAGGGAAAGGGAUUAACAAAGUAACUGUCCCUACUGUACCUUCGAGGGCACCCCUUACCCCUAAACGACCCUAACUUGUAAUGCAAUACAAUCCACCCACUCCUGAAACAGGCCUGAUAAAAAGUAAAAAGAAAGAUGUCAGAGAAAACAAAAAUAAAUGAAAUAAUUCCUAGAAAUCAGAAAUCACUGCAAGCAGUAGUGUGGACACAGCAUCUUUUUAGGGUUUCUUUCUCUAGCUUUGCCUCUUCUCCCCAACCACUCUCUGUCGGCGUUGCCCAAGGUUCUGUCCUUGGUCCCCUAUUGUUCUCAGUCUACACUGCCUCCCUUGGUAAACUCAUCAGCUCCUUUGUCUUCCAUUAUCAUUUCUAUGCAGAUGACACACAAAUCGACCUGUCCUCUCCUGAUCUCUCUUCACCCAUCUUGACUCGUGUCUCUGAAUGCCUAUCAGCGAUUUUCUAACUGGAUGGCUGCUCACUCCAAAACAGAACUUCUCGUCUUUCCUCCCUCAAGUGCUGCUACUCCUGUGUCUGUCUCCCUCCAAGUCAACGGCGCCACCAUCACCUCUACCUCGCAGGCUCGCUGCCUAGGUGUUCUCUUUGACUCCGACCUUUCCUUCACCCAUCAUGUCCAGUCGAUCACCAAAUCCUGCUGCAACAUAGCGCCAUCCGCCCCUAUUUAACACCAGACGCAGCUACAGUGCUGGUCCAUGCCAUUGUUCUUUCUCGCCUUGACUACUGCAAUCCCCUUCUCAGUGGUCUUACGUGUUCCUCGAUUGCACCACUGCAAUCUAUAAUGAAUGCGGCAGCAAGGCUAAUUUUCCAGUCCACCCAUGGCCCCCCCCCUGUCAGUCCCUACAUUGGCUUCAAUUUAAGGGCUCAAUUUAAGAUUCUGGUGCUUGCUUACAAGUCCCUACAUAAUGCUGCUCCAACCUACUUAUCCUCACUAAUACACAAGUAUGUGCUGUCGAUUCCCUUCCCUUCGCCGUUAGACUUUCAUCCAGUCUCCACUCCUUCAAAAGGUCUUUGAAAACUCACUUCUUCAGGAAAGCAUAUCAUUUAAACUGUUAGUGGGUUUUUCCACCACCUCCCCCUUCUUCCCCACCCUCCCCCCGCCUCCCCAUGACUCCUCUCCUGCCACUGUCAAAAAUAACCUCUUCGGUGAUUACUUUUCAAGCAACAUAUUUUAUUACCCCUACUUAUACCCUUUGUGUCACUAUACCCCACUUCCUCUAGCAUGUAAGCUCAUUGAGCAGGGCCCUCAACCCCUCUGUUCCUGUGUGUCUAUUUGUCUGGUUACAAUUACCUGUCUGUUAGUCCACCCAUUGUACAGCGCUACGGAAUUUGCUGGCGCUUAAUAAAUAAUAAGUAGAAUAACUCAUUGGAUUUUGGUUUUUAUUUAUGUAUUUAAGAAAAAAUAAAUAAAUGAGCUUCUUAGUGAUCUAAAAGUGAUCACUAUAAAACAGAAGAACAAGACCAAUUUAAUUGUUUUUGGCCUUUUACAGAACCAUAGGGGUGGAUAAAAUACUAGAUAUAUGCUAGAAUUUAUUAUUUUUUUUAAAUUCUUUAUUUUUGAUUCGACACAUAUUACAGCAUGGCAGUACUCAGUGGCUCGCGCAGGGGCCAAUAGUGAUUGAGACAUACAAUGCAUUAUACAGAAGAUAAGCGGUGUUAUAAGGUAAUGCCAGGUUCUGUUAUGCCGUGCAGUGUCGCCGUUUCUGUUUUGAUGGGCUUUUUCACGCCCACAGAUAAAAAUAAAGUAAAGUAUAAAAUGUAGUACAAAACUAAACAAUACUAGACAUAUAGUAACUAAAUAGAGCUACCUAAGGUAAGAGCCUCCGAUAUAGUUCCCUACUAUGAGCUUCCAACCCACUGGCAAGCCCUAGAUGUCUGUUAGUGCGUUUGAUUUAGGUUUCUGCGUUCCGCGUUCCAGGGCCCCAGUGUCAUGUACGCCUGUCGGUUACAGUAGCUUUUAUCGGCUUAUCCUUCCCCCUCCUGUGCGUGUCCCUGUCCCGGAUGACCUCCCAACUUUGUGUUUUUUGGACCCUGAGGGUCUAUGAGCGUGAGUCCUGGGAGCGUUGUCGUGAGUUGGGUUGGCCCUGCAUGUUCGCUACUGGAGCCCUUGUCGGCUUCUAUACUGUUUUCUGCUCUAUCGGCUGUCUCCUAUUAGGUUGUCUCAAUGCGGUCUACUUGGGACCCUGGGAUGAGCGUGGGCGGGCAGUCUCUAUGCAUGACAUCCUCUAUGCCAUAUGUGGGAGGAAGAGUGGGGGGUGAUAAUUGUUGAGGCGCCGGUCCGUUGUCCAGUCCCUUUCCUUUCCUGGUGGGGUGGGGUUUUAUUCGUUAGUAUAUUUUUCCCAGGGCUGCCAAAUUUUAUGAAAGACUUUUUCCGUGUUUCAAAUUUGAGCUGUGAGUUUGUCCAUCAAGUAUGUGUCUUUGAUUUUUUACUAUCACGUCGUUAUCGGUGGGUGUGGUGUGUUUCAACCACGUUUGAGCUAGGGCCCUUCUGGCUGCAAUUGUGACUUUGUUAAGGAGUACUUGCUCCCUCCUGGGGAGGCCAUCUAUGGGUCUGGAUAACAGGAUGGACCAGGGGUCCAAGUCCACUGGUCUCUCCAGAAUAUCAGUGAUUAUUGACUGCAUGCGUUUCCAGUAUUUGUGGGCUUCUGGGCUCUCUCACCACAUAUGUAUGAAGGUGCCUUUCCUGCCACAUCCCCUCCAGCACGUGUCAGUCGUGGUUUUCCCCAUUCUAUAUAAUUGUAUUGGUGUGGUGUACCAUCGCAUGAGCAUUUUGUAAGAUUGUUCCUGUUGGACUACGCAAAUCGACGUCUUUGCCGACGCUUCCCAAAUGUCCACCCAGUCCUCCCCCUCCAGCUCCCUGCCCAGAUCCGUCUCCCACUGGGUUAUGUACCUUGGGUCUUGAGCGUCUUUGUCAGGGGCGCUGAGUUGGGUGUAUAUGGCAGUUAUGAGGCCUUUGGGUACCGUUUCAGCGUUACAUAGCUGUUCAAAAAACGUCAUCUGGGUGUGGGCUGCUCGUUUAACCUCGGGGGUUUUAGCGAAAUUUCGUAGCUGUAUGUAUCUAAAUCCAUCUCUCGUGGUUAGGGGCGCCAAGGUUUGUAGAGUGUCGUACGUUUUGAAGGAACCUCCCUCGUACAUGUGCCCAUAUCUCUGUAUCCCCGUACUUUCUAUCCCCUUAAAAUCUCGUGCGCUCAGCCCGGGCUCGAAUGCUUUGUUCCGUAAAUAUGGAGUAAGCGGCGAGGGUGUAUGUUUUAGGGCAUAUUUAGUGGCAGUCGUAUCCCAUAUACGGAUGGAAUUAAGGAUCGCCGGACAAGUGGUUCGUAGGGGCGGCCUGUCCUGUUUGGGCACCCAUAUCCAGAACUGGGGCAGGUCUGUACACAUUAGUUUUGUUUCCAGGUCCACCCAUCUGUGGGAGCCCUCUGGGGCAUGCCAUGCCACUAUUUGGGCAAGCUGAGCUGCCAGAUAAUAUUGAUAGAGGUUAGGGCGUCCCAGUCCACCUCUCAUUUUCGGCCGGUAUAGCACCUGUCUAGCCACUCUGUGGCGUUUGUGGGCCCAUAUAAAAUUAUCUAUGUGUCGUUGUAGUGUCGCUAGGUCUUGUUUGGUAACCCUUAUCGGUAAAGUUUGAAAUAAGAACAAUAAACGACGAAGCAUCGUCAUUUUGAUGGCAUGUAAUCUGCCUAUCCACGAGAUUGGCUUUUCUUGCCAUUUUUCGAUAUCGCGGGAAAAUGCUUGGAGUUUGGGCGUAUAAUUGGCAGUAUAUAGUUUUUCUGGGUCCGCUGUAAGUAUAACCCCUAGAUAGGUGAGUUCGGUGCUUGUGAAUUUGAGAUUGUGGGAGGCUUUCAAACCGUUUAUCUCAGCCAUGUCCAUUGCAAGCGGCAUGGCUUCCGAUUUUUCUAAAUUAAUUUUAUAGCCUGAGACAUAUCCGUAUGCCUCUAGCAGGGACAGGAGCCGUGGAAGGGACCUUUGGGGGUUAGCAAGUGUGACCAGGACAUCAUCUGCAUACGCAGAAACUUUGUAUUCUUCCUCCCCAGCCCGUAUGCCCGCUAUGUCCCCAUCCUUCCUUAUCCGUUGCAGGAGUGGCUCAAGCGCUAGAACGAACAGUAGGGGGGACAGGGGGCAUCCCUGCCUGGUACUAUUAUUCGGCUUGAAUGGUGUCGGGGCUGACCCCGGCACAUUGACCUGCGCCCUGGGCUCUGUAUAUAGGGCUUUUAUACCUUUGAUGAAUGCCUCCGGCAUGUGUAAGUGCCCGAGCAGCGAGAAAAGGUAGUGCCAUUGGACCCUGUCGAACGCCUUCUCCGCGUCCAAGGAUAGAAUCAGAGAAGGCGUCCGAGUCCUCACCACCCACCAUAUGACGUCUGCUCCCCUUCUGGUGUUUUCGUAUAGUUGCCGUGAUGGCACGAAGCCAACCUGAUCGGGGUGGACCAGCACCCCCAGGAGGGGGUUUAACCGUGUCGCCAGGAUUUUCGCGAACACUUUUACGUCAAAGUUUAUCAAUGAAAUGGGCCUAUAAUUCACUGCAUCUGCGGGGUCUCUGCCUGGCUUGGAGAUGAGGGUUAUGUCAGCCGUAAGCAUCUCUGGGCAAGGAUGACCCGCAUACACCCUCACAAGUGGUGGGAUCAGUGUGUCCCUAAGGACUUUGUAAUAGGAGCCGUCGAAGCCGCCCGGUCCCGGGGCUUUGUUACCCUUGAGGGCCGUGAUAACCCUAUCCACCUCUUCCUCCUCAAUAGGCGCACCUAGAGCUUGUAGGACCCCCGGGCUCGGCCGCGGCAGAUCAGCCCCAGCCACAAAAUCCUCUACUGCUGCAGCAUAGUCCCUGUUAGUGCCGACCAGCUCUGGGGAAUGAUUGUAGAUGCUGGAGAGGAGCUCCGUGAAGAUCUGAUUGAUCUCCAUAGGGCCAUGGGUCACCCGCCCUUCCCUGUCACGAAUCGCCGAUAUGGCCUUGUAUUGUGCUUUGGGGUUCAGUGCUCUGGCGAGGAGGGUGUCCAUUUUAUUAGAGCGUUCAUAGUAAAGACGCUUUCUACGGAUCAGGUCCCGCCCUAAGUCCUCUACCGCCAAGGUCCGUAUUUUGUGGCGCAUGUCGCGAAGGUCCUGGAAUCCUUGUGGCGUGGGGGUUUGUUUGUGUUUGGCCUCGGCCCUCCUCAGCGCCUUCUGGAGCUCGAAGAGGGCCUCUGCCCGUUGUUUUUUCCUUCGGGUGGCUAGUUUGAUAAGGGUGCCCCGUAUGACCGUCUUGUGGGCCACCCAGAUCGUGGAUUGCGUUGUCAGGCUUAUCGUUUGUGGUAAAGUAGUCUGUCAGUUCACCCUGGAUAAGUUUGGUCACCUCUGGGUCUUUUAUGAGUGUGCUAUUUAGCCGCCACUUCCAUGGUGGUCUGGGUCCCGGAAAUCUCAGUGUGAGCUCUAUGUCUGCAUGGUCUGACCACGUAAUUAGGUUUAUUCUCGCAGAGUGGACCCACGGGAUCCUGCCCUGGCUGACCAGAAACAUGUCUAUGCGGGAGUAAGUCGAAUGUGCCGCCAAAAAGUAUGUGUAGUCCCUCUGUCCUGGAUGUUGUAGUCUCCAGGGGUCUAACAGUUUCGCUUUCUGUAUGAACUGGGCCAGUAACUUGUCUUGUCCCCCGAUCACCCGACGGCUUGCUGCGGUCGACCGGUGGGCAAGGGGUCGAGGUAAGGUCGCCCCCCCACCACAACCCCCCGGGGCAAGGCUUGUAUGGAGUCAUGUAAUGUCUCCCAAAAUACAGGGUCUGGUUGAUUGGGGGCAUAAAUGUUGAUCAGGUGGUAUGUGGUAGUGUAGAUAGUCCCUGUGAGGAUAACGUACCGGCCCAUGGUGUCGGUCUGUGUUGUGUGAGCGAUAAAUGGGCACUUUUUGUGCAGCAGUAUUUCUACGCCAUUUUUCUUACUAAGCGCCCUAGAGCUGUAUGACCUGGUGUAUGUGUGGUCCAUUAGCUGGACACGGGCUGAGCGCAGGAGGUGUGAUUCUUGCACAAAGGCGAUAUCCGCCUUUUGUCGUUUUAGUUCCCUCAUUAAUAGUCGUCUUUUGUUCGGGGUAUUAAGGCCAUUGACAUUUAAGGAUGUAAUUUUGAGUGUGGCCAUAUUUGUUUCUAGUUUUGACUGACUCGUGCUCAUCAGGGCCGAGCCCAGGCCGCCGCGCGCCUCUCCAGUAAGUGCCUCUGCGGAGGGAAGGUGGGGGACACCCUUGGGAGGGUAGGAGAAGGGGCGGCGGGGUCACCAGAUGGGUGCCCAGACGUAGUUCCCUGGCAGUUCCCUCUGUGUGGGGAGAGUCAGGUGCGUGUACCUAUGGGCCGCCGGCCCUGCCUCUGAACUGGGGAGGGAUGGAGUGGGAUAGUGAUACGGGUGCUAGGGGGAGGCUGGCGGGGGGGUAGGGGGAAGGAAGGGACCCUUACCAAACGGGGUCGCUACGGAGUAUACCCCGGUCUUAGUUGUGCCAGGUGUAUCGGGGGAUGACCGUCCACUCCGCGAAAGAGUUUCUAAACACGGAGGGGACAACCAGUCGCCGAGCACCCCGGCACUAAACCCGAAUUAUAAAUGUAACAAAUACUUAAACCGCUAUUCCCUGCAAACUCCCUUGGUCUAUGCGCCCUGUAUUAAAUCACCUGGAUAAUUAGGCAACAACAUAAUAUACAUAACAGGCAUGAUCAAGCAAAUCAACAUAGAUAUAGUGAAAACAUUUCCAAUACCGCAUUCCCAAACACCAACAGUUCUGAUGGUCUCCCAGGUUUAAGUUUCCUAAAAGGGUUAGCAUCCCAUUGAGUUCCAACUGCUUGGGCCUCUAGAUAGUCUUGUGACCCUCAACAUCAGUUUGUCAUCUUAUGUCGCGGCCAGAGGCCUCCAGGAGGGGAGGAGGGGGUGAGUGGGAGGUGGGGAGAGGAGUGAUGUCCAGUCUGUGUCGGGUCUGCAGGAUGUCUCGUGUCCAGUGGGGUAACCGAGUGGGUGAAGGGGGUAAAGACAGCCUAGUUGUCUGGAUCACGGGUCCGUCCAUCAAGGGUGUCCCUGAAGGUAGGCACCAGACUACCUUCCCCCCCGUUGGGUUCCCUAUACAAGCUACUGGGCCUAACUGCCCUGAAAUCCCUCGGUAAAUUCCUGGCUAGUGAGUGCCCUGGGAGAGGGGAGAUAUACACUUGCGUGUCCGACCAGUUCAUAUGUCUUCUGCCUCUGCUUCAGGGUAUAAACCUUUUCGGUUAUCUUUCCCCCACGGUGUUUCUGCGUCCCGUCCCUUGUGUCCCAAUCAGCAUUCCAAGUUGUUCCUGAAGGUCCGGUCUUCGUCUUGCCCUCUAGGUCCAUCGUCUCCGGCUGCACUGCUUGUCACUUUGAUGCUGUUUUUAGCUGUUAGCACUCCGUCAGGUGCGUGGUAAAUCUGAUGUUGCUGUUCGCUUUUGUCAGGGAUGUUCUCUUUAUGGGUUUUGCAUUUUGCAUCUGUAAUAUUAUUAUUUUUUUUUUAAUUUUAUUUAUUUUGUAUAAAGUGGUUUUUUUUUGUGUUUUUUAAAUUGUUUUUUUAUUUUAUUUGCUUGUGCUGUGGUGUCGCAGUGCUUGGAUUGGUUUGUUGGCUUUAAAUUUGUCUUCUUCCUUUCGUCCUCCAUCUUGUCAUGCUUGCCAUUCCUUGUCCUUGUUGUUAGUGGUAUUCUGUGUAUUUGGUGGGAUUCAGAUCCUCGGGCAUUGAGGCUGUAUGGUGUGGGUCUGGGUAUGGGACUGCAUGGUUCGUUGCCUUCCAGGGUGAGGAGGGGGCCAGGCCCGGCCCUCAGGGGUCGCCACUGUCUUGCGGCACUUCUUCUCUGGGCAGUUGCACCAAUGCUCUGUUGCCCCUUAGGGGGAGUCUAAAGUCGACUGGGACUUCUAUACCUAAGUCUUGUAGGAAGGCCCUGGCAUCCGCCGUGGGUAGGAGCACGGGCGGCCGUGGCCCAUUAAACACCAGCAUUUUGAAAGGGUGGCCCCAAGCGAAAUUAAGGCCUUUGGCUCGUACUAGGUCGGCAAUGGGCUUCCACUCCCGCCUCCUGGCUAACGUGGCUGGUGCAAUAUCCUGAUAGAGGUGUAUGGUAGAGCCCUUGACUGUGUAGGUGUGGUGCCGUGCUUUUAAUAAUGGCUUCCUUGGUGGAAAAAUAGUGCCACCUCAUGAUGACAUCCCGUGGCGGUCCGUCCUCGGGGCUUCGAGCCCUGAGUGCCCUGUGGGCCCUAUCUAUGGUCCACAAGUGGUCUGGGAUUUCUGGCAGGUGUUCCCUGAACAGGUGUGUGAGCACCUUCUCGAGGUCUGUGUCUUUAAUCCUUUCGGGCAGGCCUUUUAUUCUGAGGUUGUUCCUCCUCGAUCUGUUGGAGGCAUCCUCUAGUGCAGCUUCUAAUUCGGCCACCCGUGUAAUAAGGCCAUUAGUAGUAGUAGCAGCAGCUUCAUUAUGGGCCGCUACCACGUGAUCCAUCCUCCAUUCUAGGGCCUCAGUGCUUUGGCCCACCGUCUGAAUCUCUGCCUUCACCUCUCUUGCGGACCGCUCUAUUUCCCCAGCCAGGUAAUGCUUCACUUCUGCUAGUGAUUGCAGUACUUCUAGGUGAGCUGAUGGUGGCGGUGGUUUCUCCUGUUCCCGGGGAACCCGUACUCACGUGUCCGCUGCCAUCUUUGGUCACCUGCGGCCUUGGUGUAGCAAGCAGGUCGGCGACGGACAGGGCCCCCUCCCGCAGCUUUUUCCCGUUCUUCUUGUGCGAAGCCAUCACCGGGGCCGUCCCUCCUCCAAGGUGAGAGCUGCCGGAGCGCUAGUGGGGGUAAUUUGUGGUGUGCCGUGUCUGAUCGUCUGGGGUGCGGAGCUCUCUGCCAACGCUGCCAUUUUUCUCGGUAGUCAGGCCACGCCUCCCGAUAUAUGCCAUAAUUUAUCUGACAAUGUUUCACACUGAUUCUGAACUAUUGAACAUAAAUAUAACUUUUUAUCAUGAAUACAUACACUAGGUGGAACACAGGUCUGAUGAUUCUAGAAGGAAAAACAAAAUAGUGCAAUAUUGUCAGUAUAAAUAACGUAAAGGUAUUGUGGAUUUCAGGUACUCACAAGCAUGGAGCCAAAUCUUAACAUAUGGCUCUCAUGGGUAGUGCAGAGGGUCUCUACAGUGCCAGGAAAACAAAUCACCCCCUUCCCCAUGUUGCUGAAGGGGUUAAAACCCCUUCAGUGACUUGCCUGAAUCUAGCGCUGAUGUCCCUCGGCGCCGAGUCAGGCUUCUCCCCAGCCGGCGGGGGAGACCUAAUGCGCAUGCGUGGCAAUGGCCGCCCGCACGCAUUAGACCUCCCCAUAGGAAAGCAUCAUUAAUGCUUUCCUAUGGGGUUUCCGGUGACGCUGGAGGUCUUCAUGCAUAGCGUGAGGACAUCCAGUGUCAUUUAACACUUUUCGUGUUUUAAGAACCCUGAAGUCCCUCUAGCAGCUAUCUGAUAGACAGCCACUAGAGGAGGACUUAAACCUGCCAGGUUAUUAUAAGGGUAUUGCAGCGAUUCCUCGUUAUCGAGACAUCCUGAAAACCCCCCUCACUGUCGGGCCGCCGGUUGAUCUGAUCACUUCCAGAUUACCCCACGUGGCACCCGGCCGUGUAGUCCAGAGCAUCGGAAGAUAUCAGACAGGCCUCCGAUGCUUUGCCUGUAUGCUGAGUGCCUCGAGGAGUCGAGGCAGUUAGUAAAAUUAAAAUAGUAAAAAUAAUAAUAAAAAAAAAACAUUUUUAAAUUAAUCCCUUCCCUCCCUCCCACCAUUCCCAUAUACUUACCUGAUCGCCGCCGUUCCCCCGAUCGGAGUUCUGCUCCACUGAGGGGACUGCCUGACAGCCCAGACAGUCCCCUGUUUGCAAAAAAGGACCCUGAAAGAGCGGUCACAUGGCCGCAAUAGGUGUCCAUUGUGUUGCCAACAGGCAUACUUUAAUAUAUUUUUAUAUUAAUAUAAAAAUACUCUUAGAGUAAAAUUACACUCGUGUGUGGGUGUGUGUAUAUAUUUAAAAAUAGUAAAUAAGUGAUUUUAUUCUAACUGUAUUUUGAUAUUAAUAUAUAUUUAUAUCAAAAUACACUUAGAAUGCAAUUAUGUGUGUGCGUGUGUGUGUGUGUGUGUGUGUGUGUAUGUAUAUAUAUAUAUAUAUAUAUAUAAUAUAUAUAUAUAAUAUGUAUACAUAAUUACAUAAAUAUACACCUAGACUUCAAAUAUAUAAAUAUGUAUAUAUAUUUAAAUUCUACAUGCAUAUUUAUGUAAUAUUUUUACAUAAUUAAGUAAAAAAAUGUUACUGCAAUUUGGGAGACUUGCCUAACAACCCAGGCUGAAAGUCCAGAGAAUUUAAUUUGCUAGCACUAUAUUUAACCCUGUAACUUUCCAAGACACCCUAAAACCUGUACAUGGGGGGUACUAUUUUACUCUGUAGACUUCGCCGAACACAAAUAUUAGUGUUUUAAAACCGUAAAACUUAUCACAACGAUGAUAUUGUCGGUGAAAGUAAUGUUUUUUGCAUUUUUCACACACAAACGGCACUUCCACUGAUAUUGUUGUAAUGUGUUUUACUGUUUUGAAACUCAAAUAUGUGUUCAGCGAAGUCAUUGAGAGCGUAUGGUAGCCCAGGAAUGAGAAUUGCCCUCAUGAUGGCAUACCAUUUGCAAAAGAAGACAACCCAAGGUAUUGUAAAUGUGGUAUGUUCAGUCUUUUUUAAUAGCCACUUAGUCACAAACACUGGCCAAAAUUAGCAUUCCUAUUGUUUUUUGCAUUUUUAACACAGAGAUAUAAAUGCUAACUUUGGCCAGUGUUUGUGAACAAGUGGCUACUGAAAAAGACUGGACAUAUUGAAUACCCUGGGUUGUCUAAUUUUCAAAAAUAUAUGGUUUGAUGGUGUUAAAUAACAUUCAGACUUCAAAAAUGUCCCAAAUAAGACAUGGGUGCAUAAUGACCAACUGUGAAAAUUACAAGUUGGAAAACUGGAAUGCACACCUUCCAAAUAAGGUCUUUUGGCCCCCAGAGAACCCGACACACCUAUACCUGGGUCAUAUCACUGUACUCAGGAGAUGUUGCUGAACACAUAUUGGGGUGUUCUUUGGCAGUAACCCUUAAAGUUAUCAGUAUAUGUAUUCUUAAAUUGCUAUGUAUGUCAAAAAAAUCACCAAUUUUUUUUAUUUUUAAAUUUGGCAUAGAUUGCUGGUAAAAUGGUUGCAUGAAAAGAGUCAAAAUACCCCGAGUUUAAUACCUUAGGUUGUCUUCUUUUAAAAAAAUAUAUACAUGUGAAGGGUUAUUCGGGGAUUCCUGACAGAUGUCAGUGUUACAAUGUAACUUGCAUUAAUUUUGAAAAAAAUAAAUGGUUUGGAAAUAGCAAAGUGCUACUUGUAUUUAUAGCCCUAUAACGUUCCAAAAAAACCUAAGAAAAUGUUAACAUUGGGUAUUUCUAAACUCAGGACAAAAUUUAGAAACUAUUUUGCAUGGGUGUUUUUUGGCGGUUGUAGAUGCGUAACAGAUUUUGGGGGUCAAAGUUCGAAAAGGUGUGUUCGUCCCCCCCCUCCCCAAGAGAUAGAUAGAUAUAUUAUUUUUUUUUUUUUUUUUUUAUAGUAAAUUAUGAUAUGAAAAUAAUGGUAUCGUUAGCCCAUUUAAUGGCAAAAUAAACUGUAUAUAAUAUGUGUGGGUACAGUAAAUGAGUAAGAGGAAAAUUACAGCUAAACACACCGCAGAAAUGUAUAAACAGCUCUGGUCCUUAACGGUAAGAAAAUUGAAAAGCAGUUUGGUCACUAAGGGGUUAUUACAAUCGAAAAAUAGGAACAAGGAGGCGGAGUCUAGCAACUGAAGCGAGCAGACGCAUGGCCGUGGAGCUCCGGGAGAAAAAGAGCAAAAACAAUCAUUAAAAGUGGGAUUUAUCACCCUACCCACACAACAGGGGGUACCCCAACACCCCCCGACCCACAUGGGCCGCAAGAUGAGGAAGCAAAAGCCCGACAAACCUCGGCAGGGCAUGAACAUUGGGGACUUAUGGAAACAGGCCCUGAGUGCCCCAGGCCCCAACAUGGCAUCCCUACACGAAGGCUGCUCCGACUUUGAGGAUGGAACAUCGGACGAAGCAGAGGGGGAGAAUGUGGCAGAACUGCGGAGGCCCUCAAUGGCACCGCUGAAACCUCCACCGCCCACGGCGGCCUCCACGCCGGUAACAAUGGAAACAAUCGGCAGGCUCAUGGAAGACCACCAUCAAAAAAUCUCGGCAGAGGUGGCUGCAAUCCGAGACGACUUACGCGGCCUAUCUAGCAGAUUGGGUGUGAUAGAAAACCGCUCUGACUCACAGGCAACCCAUCUCAAGGAGCUGCAACGGGCAGUUUCAGAACUUCAGUGACAAAACCUCCUCACGGAACGAAAGCUCGACGCCCAGGAAGAUCGACGGCGCCAAAACAACCUAAAAGUGCGGGGAGUGGCAGAAAACAUCUCGGAUGCUGAGCUACCACACUUCACCAGGCGGCUGACUUCUAAACCCCAAAGCGACCCAAAUAACUGGUAUAUUCCGCAUACCGAAAUCGAGCAAAGCACCAACUUCAACUCCUGGAGACCUGAUUCUUCAGUUCCUCAGCCGCACAGACAAAAUGGCGGUACAAGCCGACCGACCUACCUCUUUGAGGAGAUGGAGCUUUCCUUCUAUACCGACCUCUCGGGAGGAACGCUGGCAUGGAGGAGAACGCUAAGACCAUUUACCACCCUACUACGCACACACCAACUCCGGUACCGAUGGGGCCCAGCCAACACACUACAAGUCACCAAAGGUGAAACAACGUAUGUCAUACAUGACAUGCAAGAAGCCACAGCGGCACUGAGAGACUUGGAUCUCCCUCUGGACUCCCUCGGGAGAGCGCUACCUGCAACCUCUCGAGGCCUUGACCCGGUACACUCCACAGAAUUCAAGCCCAGGCAGAGAGCCACGGAGGCUUAUGCGGCAGCCACGACUUGAGCCCGACAGGCCCUUCACCGGGACGCUAUUUUUCUAUUUUCUCACAGAUUGGCCGAAUCACGACCUUAUUGUUAUAACUGAAUGCUUAGCUUAUCUUACUUUUUAUUAUUGUUUUUAUUUUUGUAAUUUUUUUAAAAAUUUUUUAAUCUUUACUCUAACAAUAGCCACAUAAACGCUUACUAUCGCUCUACGUUAGUACCACACUCCACACGAAUUGUAAUAAGGGGACACAGACAUAAUAUUACUGCCCCCAAACAUCCUUUGGCACGCAGAAUCAUACAUACGCCUCUAGAAGAUACUUACCACCAAAGGCCCACACACUUCGAACACAUUAGGCUAAUUGCUACAGCACGGGGGACAAAGCUCUCCUACGGUUUGUGUGUGUAAUGUUUUUGCGUUGAUGGUUUUAGUUUCGUUUACUCAGCAUUGCUCCUAUGGAGCAACACGGAUAGGAUUGUAAACUUAGCCACUCGGAACACGAGCUAUCACUAGCCCUCGAUAUCACGAUAACUCAACUAAAUCAGUAAAACCGCUAUUGGUCUCCCUGGGGUUUUUAAAAUUGCCUACUCUGGCGGUGUCAGCGGCUGAAUAUGCUGGCUAAUACGCUUCUAACAACUUACCUGCUAACGUUUAAUGCGUAAGACCCUAGUACUAGCCCAUAACUUUCUAUUGUAGGGAGAAUAUAGGCAUACAUAUAUGCAUAUCAGAAAACACAAUAGGGGGAAGAAUAGAAGGGGACAAGAGAAAUACAUACGCACCCAUGUUAGACCCUCACCGUACAGCUUUGCCAUGUACUUAACCUAAUUCUUACAUGAGACCAAACUAACUGUAAAUUUAACAAGCUGAACAUGUCCAAACUGAUUAAUCAUUGUUCUUAAGCACGAUAAUUGCAAGUGUUAUUCUUUUAUCAAAAGAAAAAAAUGUGCGCUUGUUUAACCUGCCAUGACUUACAAUGUUAAAAUGUUAUGAAAAAGCAUGCAGCUGCUGUUGUGGCCCUGCACGCCAACUGUUAUCACAUGCACGAUGAAAAUAAAGAAUUUAAAAAAAAGAAAAAGAAAAAUAGGAACAGAAGAAAUGAAAUUCACUUGUAAUUUCAAUACCCAUAUCCCACAUGGCUUAAACUCAGAUUUUGAGGUAUGCCAUUUCUUCUAAUUAGGAUUCAAGAUCUACACUGAUGGGUACAUUAUAGUCUAAUUUCCAAUUAACCUUUUUAAAGAUAAAUUUUUCAUUCACUUUCCCAUAUUAUGGUUUAUUUAAAAAAAGGUUCUUCUACACUGUCCAGAGGGUGCACUAAACAAGCAUUUAUCUCCCUUGCAUUAAUAUUUCAUUAUUAUCAUACCAGGAGGUGCAUUAUGAAAUCUCCCUUUUAGUAAUGAUUUAUUUUUUUGAUUCUACUACAUCCUAUAGCUGGCUGUUCAUUUAAUAUUAAUAUAGUACCAUCUAGUGCAAGUGCCAAAUUUUUACUUAUCAAAUUAUCCCAUAGUUGGCUUCUUAUUUAUUAUUAAUAUAGUAUUACCCAACUUAAGGGAACGUUCUGAAAAUAACUUGUGCUUACCAAAGGUAUAAAUUACCAUUUUGUAUAUAUGUAGACAUAAGAACAUAAGACCAAUACCGUGUUUUUCGCAGAGAAAUAAAAUUCCCCAGUGGAACGCACACAUCACACUUUCCAACGACGCAGGUCACGUGACCCGUAAAUGGAGAGCAUGACGUCUGUAUUUGAAUGCACAAUGCAUUCCAAGUGCGGACAGCCGGACCCGGAAGUACCCACAAGACUUAAAAAGACGCCAAGGAGACCCCCCACAACAGCAUUGACUGAGGCAGCCGCCACCAUAGGGCGAAACGCGUAUCGGACCUUCUAGCUAUCAGGCAGCACCAACAUUGGACCUAUUUGGACUAUUAUCUUUUAACCAUUAAGUUUUAUCUUAUUGCACACGGUGCAUUUUGCUAAUUUUAUUUACUAAAGCCUUUUUUAUAUUGGAGAGAAGUCUCUCAACUCAUCUUUACUCCAGAAUCCUUAAAGGCUACACAAGGACCAUCUGGAAGAAGGAUGGAGACAUCCUAUUAAGAGUCCCUCUGCACUACCCAUGAGAGCCAUAUGUUAAGAUUUGGCUUGUGAGUACCUGAAAUCCACAAUACCUUUACGUUGCUUAUACUGGCAAUAUGUUAUUUUGUCUUUAUUUAUAGAAUCAUCAGACGUGUGUUCCACCUACUAUAUGUAUUUUUGAUAGUUAUUUAGAGUGGUAUAAGGGGUUCCCACUCAGGUGGUUUGUAGCAGUAAUUGUUACCACACACACCCAUUCACUGUUUAUUUCACCUUUCACUAACAUGGUCAGAUAGCUUUGUUCAACCAAGCAAAUAGUUUACUAAUGGGAUCCUGCUGGGUCAUGAAUGCAUUCUUUGGAAAUGGUUUUGUGCUUUUGAGCCUUAUUGACUCUUGUACAGUGAGGGAAUGCAGAGGUUAUUGCAUGAUUCAGAGAUGCUAAGUGAAGCAAGCCAGAGGGAUAUACAUUUUAAUUAUUUUUCAUAGAAUGUAAGUUUAAUUGCAGCAUUUAUAUCACGGGUCGGCAGGUGAGCAUUUGACGGUUGUUAAUUGCUUGUGAAGAAAUCAUGUGAAAAUCUGUUUUGGUUUAGAAGGGAUCUCUUCCAUUGGCUUUAUAUUUGUCUGGAGGUAUUACUUGCUGGUUAAUGCGUGUGUCGUCUUUUUAACACAUUACCUGUAUAUAAUUUCAGGUCCUGAAUGCUGCUGCCAUGACAUCCUAAAAAGAGUGAGUUCUAUUCGGUGCUUAUUUUUAAUACUCUGCCUGGAAUUUACUUUGUAUUGAGAUCACACAAGCCGAAUACACAUCUAAUGUGCUAACCUGGUGAAGUGAGGAGACUGGAUAAUGGUGAAAGAACCAGUUAGAGUGAUAUGAAAUGACUCUGAUAGAAAUCAUGAUGUGACCAGAAAUAAGAGGGCAGAUCUGCAGGCUUAGUUGCAGUCUGUGGUCAUAUACUAACUUAAGCAUUUUAAAAGUUAUUACACGUGGCAAAAUAUUGUCAUUAACAAAGUUAUGGUCAGAACUAUCACUUCUCAGGAACCAAAAUAUUAUUUUUUUAAAUCCCCUGUAUUCAACAAAUGUUUUCGAACUAUGAAAAAUAUAAAUUGAUUGUCUAGAUGUUCCUGCCAAUCGUUGUAGAGUGAGAUAUAUUUUCCAAGUGCUUUAGCUAUCUCCUCUGUAUUUUAACCCCUUAAGGACACAACUUCAGAAAUCAAAGGGAAUCAUGACGGAAUAUUUCCGUCAUGUGUCCUUAAGGGGUUAAACCAGGGAAUUUGUGGAUGUCUUAAUUUUAGGCAUUUAAGUAUUUUGCAACCUUUGUUUUAAUGCUCCAGCUAGACACCUGCCGACAGACAUCCGCUCCGCUAUAUUAAUCACUGGGUGGGGGACCUAGAGAAGGACAUGGUCUAGACAGUAGUGCAUAGAGUGUAGGGUCUCAAACAACAUUAAUAUGGCGGAUUUGAUGUCUGCCGAGAGUUUGUCUUGGAAUGAAGCCUCCAGUCUUGACAACAUGUUUAGUUGGUUAUGUCUAGAAUAUUUCCCUGAGGUGGUUAGCCAUGUAGAGAUGAACGUAGCAAAAUAUUGUCCUCUGCCUUCCUCUCUCCUUAAAAUAUUUAUUAAGGUGGUUGGAUUUUUUUGGGAGGGUCCCAGAGAUUGGAGGUCUUGGGAAUCUGGAAGCUUAAUUUUUAUUGCCCAAGAUGGGGUUAUAUUUGAGAGAGGAAAGUUCUAAAUGGAGUUCUCACUGGGAGCUUACAUCAGUUCACAUGGAUAGCGAAGCCAUGUCCUGUGAGAAAUUAAAUGUAGAAAUCCAUACUUCUCUAACCUCCAUCUUGGCUCCUUGUCCAUCAUUGUUCUAAGCUCUGCCAGUAUGCCAAUUGGCAUCGAUAGAGCAUUCAUUGAAGAGCAGAAAUUAAACACUAUUUCUAGUUUCCUCUUCAUUUUCAAUAUUUGUCUUGUCUAAACGAGGUCUUGUCUGAACGUCAUUUGCUAAAUUAUUGUCAAUUUAUAAGAAAACUAAGCAUUUCAUGAAAAAGGUUAGCACGUUUUAGGGGAUAUUUCAACAUUUUAUUCAAUGGUGUAAAUUCCAGAGUAGUGAUUGUUCUCUUUUUAAAGAAGCUUAAUCACCUUGAGGGUUUUAUUUGCAAAUAGGACAUCCCCAAGUUUUUUUGGCGAAAGGCGUUAAGAUGGCUAAAAUAACACACACACACACACAGACCGUAUGACAUAUAAACACUUAUUUUUAAUAGUAAAACAUGACUUUCUUUAUAAAUGACCAGGAUGUGGGCUUCCUCUGAACACUCACAUAUUUUUCUGCUUUAUUUCAUUAUUUUAUUUUGUUUUCCUGCAGGUUGAAAAGUUGGAAGAGAUCAUCCAGCAACUCCUAAAACGGGAAAGCAUCAAGUGACACUGAGACUUUUAAAACCUCCAUCAAUUAAUGCUCUUACAUUUAUUAAACCUAGGAAGGCCUUUUGCUUUUAUUGAUGGAAAGGUUAUAGUAACCUUGCUCUCAUGUGACGAAAAAACCUCCACUGUUGUCUUUUUGGUUUGUUUUUUUUGUUUUGUUUUUUUUUUCUCCAUCUUUCUUGUUUUCAAGCUUAGAUCACGUCUGCCUUUUGGCAGAGACUGAGACUACAGGUUGCAGAGUUAUUCUCACUGUUUGUAAUGUGUGCACAUCCCUUUCAUGUGACGUGAAAAGAGAACUAGUUGUAGGUUUUAGGCAAAAUGCCGUUUAUCUUACAAGAAGUGUCUAAGGACUAUGGUGGUUAAAUAACAAAGGAACUGCAGGUUUUAGACCAAACGAGAGAAACUAGUGAAAUUGGGCUGGAAAAUGUUUACAAAUCUUCUAUUUUGGACCAAUAUCUACGGUCCGUUUUAUAACCGGCCGCUCUAAACAUAACCCCUACAACUCUGUUCGUUAUACAGCUCAAUGUAGCGGCUAUGUUGUGGUGCCGUACUUGUUCACCGUGGCAGCCACAGACUGUGUCCUCCUCAGCCAAGUUGAUAAUGUUUAAUUGACAUCUUUACAUUGAUAACCAUUCUGUUUGGUAAUCUGAGAGAACUAUAAAUUCAGCAUCAUUAAAUCUCCGGGGCAGUCUGUGAGUGGUGGCAAACUGCUCCCUAAUUGUUUAACAAAAAAAAAUAAUUGCAAUAGACUCUAGGCAGCAACACAUAGCUGUAACAGUUAUCUUUGCUAGCAUGGGGAGGGACACACUCUGAUUCCGGGAUACAAACUUAACUAGCUCACAUCAGAACGGAUACUACAUGUCUUAAUAGUACUGUUUGCCACCUAUGUUUUCCUCCACUAAUGUCACGAUUUUGUUUAAAUACAUCCAAUCUUCUAGUUACUAGAACUUUAAAUCUUCUCAGUUUGUUUUUGUGGGUCUUGUGAAGGUAUGUGAAUAGUAUGUGAAAAGAAAAUACUUCCCCAUUCAAAACCUUGUGAAAUACAAGUCUCAGAAAUUCUCAUGGAAUGGAAAGGUAGUUAAACUGUAAGAAUUGACAUAUUGUUUCCAUGGAUUGAACAAUUUCUAUUCAUUUUUUUAAACUGGCAAAUGCAAUGUGGGCUGGCAACAAGAUUCAGGCAACCAGGUGUUACUU